CCAACUAUCAAGCAAGUGGAACUACAAGCAGAGUGGUUUCUCUCAUUUUUCUCCCCGCAUGGCUGCUGAGUUUCUGCGAACAUAACUCGUGCAGCAGAAAAGUUCUGGUGGAGGAGGCAGAGGGGGGUCUCCGCUGGUAAAGAUGGACCAUUUGAUAAGGAGCAGGUCACGGAGGAGAACACCGCUGUUUUUUCUCAUUCUACUUCACGUAACGACCGCACAGACGGGUAAAGUAUCCUGUUUAAGUGCUACUAACGUCGGCAUCCAUUCAGUCAUUGCGCGUCAAAUGAUGCACUGACCCCUCAGAGUUUCAUUCAGUUUUAGAGUGUUUGCAAUAUUUCAAUAUUUGACACCUGGAAAUCACUGGAAAAACUACUAGAACAUAUUUCUUGAAGGUUAACCACAGAGUCUGAUUUGUAAAGUAUCGUCAUUUAAUCUGCGUAAAGUAUCGUCAUUUAAUCUGCAUAAAAGUUUGGGGAUGCUGAAACCUGCCCCCCAGAGUCGCUUCAGGUGCUCAAACUGACUCAAAAGUUGUAGAGACAUUUAGAAACGAGCAAAUUAUGUGCAAUUUUAUGUAGGCUAUUAGGUAUUUUUAUAACCGCAUACUCAGAUAUUAUGCCUGUCAUUACACGAGGAACACCACCGAGAUUGAUUCCAAAUUUUCCUGCACCAGCUUGCACUCAGCUGAGCACAUUUCUAAGGUUUGAAUGUGAAAUGUGUCCUCACGGCGUCAGGUGUGCUGGAGGACUUGGAGCGAGCUCAGGAGAUGCAUGAUGUCAUGUUUGAGUUUGCUUGUGACCAGCGUCGGUUUACUGUGAAGAGGUUUAGCGUUGGCUUGAGAAAGAGGUGAAUGGCUGAACACUGACCGAGCUGAGUAGAUUAAAAUUCCUGUCAUGGAUCUGUUUAAUGUGCCCUCUGCCCGCACAGGUCUUAAGUGAAGGCGCUUAGCACUAACACUCUUACUGCCUUAUUAUGAUUAUUCUGGCACACAUUAAUAUUUUACACGUUUUUAUUGCAGGCGACCACCUCGGGUCACUUUUUUUUUUUUACACUGUUGUAACUUAAUCACAUGUGUCUUGAAGGAGCAUAGUGACUAGACUCAUUGUUCAGUUAUCCACCUGCAAGAGGGCUGGCCUCUGUCAAACAGCUGUGUGUAUUAGGACUUCCUCAUCUCCAGCUUAGCCAGUAACAACCAGUUUGAGCAUAUUCUGCGAAUUAUUUGACCCACUGGUGUCUGUCACCCACUCCGGCUUCAUGCCCUGUGGCUAUGUCCUGAGUACCCUCAACUGGCAGACAAUUUCCUUACAGGUGCAGCAGUUUAGAGACUCCCCCCCUGAUGGAGCUACAUGCCUCAACAGCAGGAGUUAACCCUGUGGUCACCAAAAAGUGCUUAAAGAUGCCUCAUUUUCGCGAGGCUUGCUAACACUUUAUUGCUGGCAGGAUUUGUUGGAAUUCAAUGGCUGGUGGCAGGAGGAAGUGAGCCAAAGGACACACUCACAUUCAAGUGACACAGCGGUCUUGGUGUCCACUGCUCUAAUGAGGGGCCUAUGGAGUGAGUGAGAAGCUGAGAUGAUUUAAAAGUGCGUGACAUAUGGUGGUGCUGAUAUGGAGGUCUUGGAUUUCUGCACAUGGCAGAUAAAGUAUUUGUGCCUCUAAGUUUGUGUGCAUGUGUGUGUGCGUAUUACAGUGCAAGAAUGUUUUCCCAAAUGCUUUCUGUGUGUGUGUUCCACAGAGAUGAGAGAGCACUUUGUAGUCAUGUUUGCUGACAGGAAGUGAGACAUUCUUGCACACGUCCACAGUUAGUUUCAGUUAGAAUCCUCUGUUCUUUUGCCUCGGUGCAUUUUUGUACAGCUUUUCUUUUUUUCAUCCUGUCCUGUUCAAAGCUCGGGAAAAAGGGAGUGUUUGUUUUUUAUUCUGUUUGCCUUAUCUCUUCAUUUACAUCAUCUUUUUCCUCUUGCUUAUGCCCUGCCUCAUGCUCGACUAGUUCUAUGACAGGGGGGGAAAUCGUCCGUACAGCCCCCUCACUGGGUACCGUUUGAUCCAGCCUCUUCGCCAAUCCUGCAUCCGACUCCCAAAGGAGGAUGGCAAGCCUUGUUCCCCUUUGAUCUGGCAACAAAUUACAGGCAAAUGAAAACAAAUGAAAAAGCAGCUGAAUUUUGCAGGAUACAGACUAUGAAAAGAGGAAUUUUACGCCUUUUAGAGCUCGAGCUUUUUCUCUCCUUAUGUGAAUUUGUGUUUCUCCAAUGGAAACAUUAAACAUUACACAUUCUCGAUAUGCUGAUGUCUGUCCCUGAGCUGCUGAUGCUGCAAGCAUCACAGACGUUUGAUAAGGGGAGCAGUUUCCUUUAGUAUGCAUUAGUGAUGCUUAAACAAUUCAUGACACCUGACUGCAAUCUAUAGUAUUCCCCUCACAUCUGGCUUCCUGAAACUCAGUGCCUCUUUCCCCCGCGGGCAUCCACGGCUCUGAGUUUCUGAUCACUGGAUGCUCUAAGAAGCAUUUUUGAGACUGGUCGGAGAUGUCUCCUGCAGAAUUGCAAUGAGCAGCCGCACUUCUCUGCAGUGUCCUGUUACAUUUCAUCAGCCUCGUUCUCCAAGUUUAUAAGCCUCAGAUAAGUUUUAUCAUCCCUGACAUGGUCCUUCACGUCUGUGUAGUGGUCACAAGGGUAAGCUUUACAACCAAAAUAUUCUCUCUGUAACAAACAAUCUGCCACCCUCUGCGACAUGGCGACCUGGCUCAUAUUUCAACUUAUCUGAACCUGCCAAGUGUCACUUAGUAUAGGCACUAAGCCGCUAACACAGAGGGGAAUGAUCCGACAGAGGCCCACAUCCUGUAAAGAAUUUCUGUCCCUCUGAAGCACAAAGAGACGUGACUUCAAAAGGAGCCAGUGUAUGUACCUGUAUAACACACGCCUUAACGUUUUGAAGUCUGAGGGACUAAGUGACGGCUUGGGAUGAAAAUUUAAUGGUCUUGGUCAGGUGUAUGCCUGCAUGUUUAUACUGUGGUAAUCCUUUGAGCCCGAGGCAUGUAUUCUCUGCAAGUGCAUGGAAAUUGAAUGUGUGCUCUUGUUCUUGUUUAUAUUUUGGCAGUUUAAAUCACACCUCAACUCAACUCAACUUUAUGUGUAAAGCACUUUAAAACAACCACAGCCGACCAAAGUGCUUUACAUAAAUAGACAAAACAGCGCAGACUUUAAAAGCAAUUAAAACAGUGGAUAAAAUAAAAGCAGAUAUUAAAAAGUAAAAUAUAGUUUCAAUGUUUUUAAAAACAUAGAAACAAAUAACUAAAAACAAACCAUCAAACACUAAAACAGGAGCCGAGUCUCAUCCAGGGUUGAAAGCCAAUGAAUAAAAAUGGGUUUUAAGAGGGGUUUUAAAAAUGGACAGUGUGGGGGCUUGUCUGAUUUGGAGGGGUAGCGCGUUCCAUAAUUUUGGGGCCGCAACAGAAAAAGAUCUAUCCCCUCUGAGCUUCAGUUUGGACCUCAGUACCUCCAGGAGCAGCUGAUCAGCUGACCUGAGGCACUGAGCAGGGGUGUGAGGGUGGAGAAGCUCAGAGAGGUAAGAUGGAGUCAGACCAUUUAAAGAUUUAAAAACGAAUAAAAGAAUCUUAAAAUGAACUCUAAAAUGCACAGGUAACCAGUGGAGGGAGGCCAGGAUGGGAGUGAUCCACUUUACUCCAAAGUAAAGUGCGUUAUAGUAAUCCAGCCAAGAUGUAACAAAGGCAUGGAUAACAGUUUAACUAAAGACCCUCUAAAAUCAGGACAUUUCAGACACUUCCUCCACCCCCUGAUGGUCAUGUAAUUAUGAGAAACUGGGUCAAGCUGGGUUAAGGGCCAAUUUUAGGCAUGGUGGAAAUUACUGAGGUUAGUGGGUGGAUGCACUCUAGUCAGAGAUUGUCCUCACAAGUAUAGAGGAAUCUGUUUUUUAUGGCGGGCCUGCCCUGUGAGGGGCCAUGAGGGGCAGGUGUUUUCUCCACGGGCCAAGCAGCUUUUGGCCUUCUGGCCCAUCACACUGUGAACAAACAUGAGCAGAACAAACUGUGGAGAUCGAAAAAUGUGGCUCUGAUGUGAAUUGGAAGGAAAUGUGUGACCAGAUUCCAGUAGAAACUUGCAGCUUUGGUACCGAGAGGAAAACACACACACAGUGAGAACUGGCCCCGAACAACAGGAAACAGACAAUGACCCACAUUCAGCCAAGCAGUUGGACCACGAAUUUGUCUCACUGUUGUUUUCAAAUUAUAAACUUCUAGUCAUUCAUAUUCAUUAAUUCAUUCAUUUUUUAUUCAUUCAGCUUUUGCUGUUAUUGACAAAACAACUGUCUUGAGAGAGACAGGAAAUAUGGGCAGAGAGAGAGAAUGAUAUGCACCAAAUCAUGCCAGGAUCGUGAAUUGAUUCUACUUCCUGUGCAACAAGAACUGCAGUCUUUCUACAUGGGGUGCAUAAUAAAACCACCAGACUAACCGUGCUCUGUAAUUUUAAUAUUGCACUAAAAUGCAAUCCUUGUGUGUGUGUGUGUUUGGUAUAUUGAUCGUCUAACUCUGGUGCAGAAAUAUUUGGAUUUUGAGGCAAAAUGAGGAACACAAAACUUGCACAAAUGAAUGUUUGAAUACAUUAAGUCGCAGGUCUGUGGUUUAUGUUAAAUGCAUGUCUGAAGUUAGGACAGCAAUGGUCAGCUGAUUCCCCGCCGUCUCUUGAAAGGCACUGUGAGGAGUUUUGAAGUGGUUCAGAAACAGACUGAAAAUGAUACCGACGCCUCUUUAUGAACUUCAAAAGCAAACGAGACUGUCAGCAACGAGACUGAUGAUUCCUCUGUUGUAAGCUUUAAUGCCUGAAUCCACUGUGAGGGGGGAGGUGUCAGACCAGAUGACAGUGGGUGGGGUAAAAAAAUAGGGGUGUCCUGAAACAACUUUUUUACUUCCGAUAUGAUACCGAUAUUGUAGCCUUCAAUAUCAGCCGAUACCGAUAUUGACCCCAUAGUGGCUCGAACUUGUGCAUGACAAGUUUUGCACUCAGCUGCAACGUGUUUUUCGGAAUUAAACGAAAAAUACUGCCACACAGCCGACAUCAGUCCUACUCCUUACUACUUUGUUAGUCUGUAUGCUCGAUCAAGGCGCUACUCGAUAGAGGUGCUGGAGCGGAAUCUGAAAUGGACUGCUUGUGUUGGAGUGCUGAUAUCGGAGAUUUAAGAUGCAGGCCAAUAUAAUCCGAUAUUCUUUUUUUUUUUUGCUGAUGUCGGACCGAUAUCAAUAUCGUACUGUGACAUCCAGACCAUUUUCUGUUGCUGGUCUGGUCAGCCCCAGUCCCCCCUCAUCCUGAUCAUUCCUCUUGCCAGCGCUGUUAAAUCCUCACAGCCACAGAGACCCUAAGUCUCUGCUUUUUCUGUAUCCUCUCAUGCCUACCCAGGGCAUCCGGUAUCAUCCCAUAAAUAUUCAAAUUAUGGUAUGAUAAAUAUUUUGGUAUUACAUACUGAACAUGAUUUGUAGAGUUUAUGUAAAAACCCUGUUGGGAGCUUUCAACAUCACUUUUUUAUCCCAUCAUAAUUUUCAUAACUUAGUAACCUAUAAUAACCCCCCAAAAGUAGGUUUGAAAGCAUUCUCAGGGGUUGUCAACAAAACGGCUGAUUUGGCCUGCUCCUAAACUCUGAGCGAUAACCAAAAGCAGACCAAACCACAAAGCAAAUUCGAGUAGAUAAAUAUCUGUCUCUCAGCUUGUACUCUUUCAUCCCAACAAACGCCUUUGUCUCCGUGUUACAAUAGAAGUACCUCAGCCUCUCAAACACACUCCUCUCUCUUUUAUAUUAACAUCUGUUUUCAUGUAACAGAGUGAAGUGUUUGACAGAUUAACAACACGGUGAUUCAGAGAGACAUUUUGAAGAGGGUAGAGGUCCAGGAUGCUGUUUCACUCCUACUGAUCAGUCAGUGUUUCAGUCUUGUUGGCCGAUCGUGUUGAAAUGUUCGGAGUGCGAAUCGCCACAUAGUGUUCUUGUCAACAAAUAGCAGUGACCCAGACGAGAAGCCUCACCCACUGCUAAUUAGAUUAAGAUGAUUCUUACUGAAGACUGGGAGAAACUAGGGCUGGGCGAUAUGGCCUCAAAUUGAGCAGUUCACCUCAAUAACGAUAAAUGGAACAUAAUUACUCCACAAGCUGCUCACCCCCUCCAACAUUAACUUCGUCUACUUCAGCCGUCCUCCAUCUCCUCAUCUGUCUUUCCCUCUUUGUCACGGACUGAAUGGGGUGGAGUCACAUCUCUGAUGUAGGACAGCAUCUUAAAGGGACAUGAAACCAUAGCCCACCUACACACAUCCAAAAUCAACUUUUUAUUUAUCUUUUCUUUUUUUUUUACACUGAAUAUACUGAUAUGGGCAAAAUGACGUUGGUUAUUGUGGUAAAUUUUGGUAUCUGUAAAUUUUUGGUUCAUCACCCAGCCUUAGGAGAAACUGUGUCUGGAUUUAUUACAAUAUUUCCACUUGAUGUAUGACUGGUUCCUCAAUUUGUGUUUUAUAACUCUCCAUAAUAGAGAAGAGAAUAGACUCUAAAACACAUAAUACAAUCCUUAUGUAUCUGUUUAAUGAGGGUAUGUUAAGUGUAUAAUCAUGUUUUACUGUUGCAGUGAUCAUGAGAUGCUUCCAAACAUAAACUCAAGGUUUAUAAGCCAGUGCUUUUUUUGGACUCAUCUCAGGGUGUGGUCUUAGACACUAUGGGAAAUUCUUAUUGCCCAGAUUCAUUUUGGCAUUAUUUCUUGUAAAAAUUCCCCAGUUCCCAGAUGCAAUAGUUUCUGACAGUCCAGCAUUGUGAGUGUGUGUAUGUGUGUGUGAGGGGUACUUUCAGGCUGAGCUGGGAGUGUAGGUGGUGUGAGUCAUACAGAAUGUCUUCAGAGACAUUUGCUCUAGUAACACAGAGAAUAUAUUAUGUCCAUGUAUGACUGAGCUGUUUGACCACAAGGCAUGAUGGAGAGACUGUGUCAAGUGUCACAUGGGCAGAGAAGAUAAACAGAUGUAGUGUUUGGUGCCAUUUCUAGAGGGGAGUGCCCAGAUUUUUUGCUCAGUCUGAGCACUGUUUCUGGGCAGAUACUGCUUUUUCAGUGUGGCCCUAAAAAAGACGAUAAAAUGUCUUCAUGCAGGAUCUGUUUGCUUUUGUUGUUUGGUACUAAAGUAAUCACAUACUAUACAGUAGGAGUUUGCUCUAUAUCUGUCUAACUCCUUCUCCUUUUGCUUUGAAUGGGAAACACCAUGAGUCAUCUGUCCUUAGAGAGUUAAAACACUAUUUGAAACACAUUGAGCCACAUCUUUAAAUUUUUAGGUACAGCCUGCUGCACACACUCUUAGAAUAAUAACCAGGUUGUAGCUUGUGAAUUCUGCUCUUCAGUAGCUGUUCUUGAAGAUGUUUAUCUGCUAAAUGCUCAUUGGCUCUCACUAUCUGUCUCUACAAGUAACAUUAUUCGACAUAGAAGAUAAGGUCAGAUUACGCUGGAGCUUAAUGAGAUGCAAGCAGAGCCUGCUCAGACAGUCCUACAGUCAGUGCUGCAGGAAAGGAAUAGAGGCUGCAAGAAAUGGCCAAACUUUGAGGCUUCCAGAGAAGGGAAUAGAUAACUUUCUUUUAUUGAUUUCUGCCUGAAUCCAAACUUUAAUGGCUGACUGCCACUUGCCCGGGGUUUUCCUCGUGAUGCCAGAAUCAAGAGUUGUGGUAUCGACAUGAUGAAAUACAGUGUACUUUGCAGAAACUUGCUUGUAUUUAAUGUGGGUCAUUCCUGCAUCGAACUGGUGUCUGAUGUUUUUGCAACAGCUAUCAGGGGUUUCAUCCUCUUCAGUCCAAAUGCAUUUUUUCCCACGUCCUCUGAUUCGUCUUGCCAAGCUUAUCUCUUCACAGUUUAUGUUGCUCACGUGGGUGUGGGAUGCCUGAUUUUCUUUAAAAUGUUUAACUGGCAGUUUGUUGUGAAUUGUUUUCCCUUGAAGAGGAAUUUUGGACCCUACUUAAAUUUCUCCCUCUGGCAUUGUUGCACAUUUUGACUGUUCUCUGUUGUCUUUGGAGUGUCAUAGGUCAACUCUCUCCUGUCAAACGCAUAGCUGGAGCAUGUUUAGGGUUGAGCAAUGGUUGUUUUCAAAAGACAUGGUGGUUGAGGCAGAAUUCAGUCCUCUGAGGAUUCUGUGGUGCAUUGCUAUAGCAUUUUAGGAUUGCCUGAAAUUGCACAUUUUUGCUUGACAGUUAAUUUUGUUCAUUUGUUUUGAGGCAAUUUUGUCAGGUGCUGUUCUGGGUGAACUGACAGUAAUCCAAGAAUCCUGUAUAAUUAGAUCCAUGUUGUUCAGUUCAGAAUAUUAUUCAGACUGUUCCAAACAUCACUGCCUUCUGACCUCUUUCUCCUUGUGCAUGAUGAUACACGAGAGAGAUAAUAAAAAAGAGUGAGACAGAUAGAAAGAGUGAAUAAGCGGAAGACAGAAAAGGAAAGAGACAGUGUUUGACCCUUGACUAAAACACAAACUUUCAACUUUGCUGUUCUAAAGGAAAUUGAUUUGCAGUCAGGAAUUGAACAAAGCCACACUGAAGCUAAAGGAGCUCAUAUGGGAUUAGACAAAGACAGAGACUGUCCUUCCAAUUCAAUUAAACCCAAACAUUAAGGAUUAGGACCCAGACAUGAUUUAAAAGGGCAAAGUGAACUUUGGGGGGAAUUAAGCUUUUCAGGACAAAUGAAGAAGUUCUCUUGUGUGAAAAUGAAGCUUUUAGCUUUCAGAAUAGAAAGUACUUAGCGUAUGCAUGCUCUGAUUUUGGUUUAAUUGUCAAAAAGUGAAUUAUGUUGGAGAAUAUAAACUCAACUGCACAACUUAAUUAUCAUAAUCACUUUAUCUUUUAUAUAUGAGGCAACUUUACUCAGCCUACAGACAGAAAGACUUGAUUAAUUGAGCCUCUUAGUACAUUAAAAACAAGUAAAUUAAAGUAAUUCUAGCCCAUUUUGCAGAUAGACCUCACCCUACAUGUGAUGAUGAUUGGACUGUGAACAUUCAAAGCCAGCAGUCUCUUUACUCUCUCCAUCUGAUGUCAUGAUGGAACAGAUAUGAAAAUGAUCUUCGGUGACUCAGUAUGUGUGUCAUUUGUAUAUCUUACAUCCAGAUUUAUUCAGUUCCUGUAAUCACUUGAUUCCCACAGCUUGUUUGUGACAAAGCAUGAGCUCAAAAUUUAUGUCCUUAAGGUCUUAAAUGCCUUUAGAUCUGUACCUAAUGUUUCCAUUGUUGGGACUCAGCUGUAAUUCACAGCUUAACCUAUUUACAGCCCCGGUUGCCAUGUUAUGGGACCAUGAGGGUGAGCUCUCAAAGCUGCUUGGAAUAAACAGCCUCUGCUAUGCAAAUAAAUAAUGCCAUAAAAUGUAAAGCUAUGUGCUUCUGCAAGCAAUGUCUGGGCAACAGUAAACUCCGUCCACAUGUUUAAUUAACAAGGAGGAUAAAAGGCGAACUCUGUGUGAGCAGCGACGGCUUCAAGAGGUAAUUUGAGUUUAGGAUCCUCAUUUCAGAUGCCUGGAAUGCUAAGUGCUGAGUUGCUCUGAACAGGCUCUCUCCAGCAGCUGGUGGGAGACCGGCUGUGCACAAAGCUCUGAUCCUGGCUAAUGCUCACGGCAGCGCUUUAUCAAUAGAACAUCUAAUAACACGACCAGCAGACUGCUAAUAAAACACAGACUCUUUGUAAUGAGAGAGAGCCAACCUCAUAUCUGCAGGGGAAACAGUUGCAAAGCUCAUAGUAAAUACGCAUAAUUUGAUAUUGUGUGUAUAAGGCCAAGAAGAAAAUCUUAUUAUAACAAUGAGAUCAAAAACUUAAUUGUUGAAAGACUUCCACAAAAUACUCAUAAGUAUCAUAUCAUUCAAUGAAAAUUUGUUGUAUUUUUACGUCCAAAUAUGAUGCAGACAUACUGUUACAGUGUGAGAGGUGUGCAGGUGUCAGCUGUCAGGUGCACUACUGUAGGAUUAUAGGUUAGGCAGUGCACCAACCCUAUCCUAUAAUAACACCCGCAGCAGCCCGGCCACCUGCUGCCACAUCUCAGAGGAGCUGUCUCUUCCGACUCCGGGGAAGCAGGAAGCCUUUGCACUUUAAGACCGACUUGCAGCCGCACUAAACCCUGCUCUUCAGCUCUGUAACAACCAGCACUUAACCCAGCCAGACAACAAAGUGCUGUAACAGUGGCAAAAUGUCUGUCUAUCUGCCCACAAGCUCCACCCAAUCAUCAGUGGUCUUUAUAAUUUUUAAAACAAUGCUGAAAGCAGUAACAGCGACACCGUCAUGUCAAAAGUGAGUGAAUUAGCUACACCUUGUACGAACACGAACAACACAGCCAUAUGCAGAUGCUUUACCUUUUCCUCCUUUGAUUUCAGCGGAUCCUAUUGAUGUUCUGCGAGUGUUGGAGCUGUCAGAGAACAUGGAGGGGGUGUCCCUGGAGGCCGGUCUCUGCACGAGCAGGAAGGGCAUGGAGGAGACAGACCUGGCCUACAAGAUAGAAAAAAAGAUUCAGCUCAGUGCUCCAACGAAGCAGCUCUUCCCAGGUAUUUUUUAUUCCUACUCGAUCGCAAAACAUCCAGUCUCACAACAACAGAAUGAAGACCUUAAGAAUUUCCAGAAGUACCCAAAAAAGCAUAAAAAUGUGUCACUUUUAUGAGGGACUCUGCUCCCAGUAAAACCUUAUGAUAUCUGACUUUGUACUCCCUCCACUCCUCCUCAUAGCUGCUUGCUGCUUUCACGGGCAAUAUUUUUUGUUAUUAUUAUCUUAACUCAGGUCUCACUGACGGCAGGUGGUGCCUGCAUGUUGUAAAAAUGUCUUCUCCCUGCUGUGCUUUCUCUUGUACGAUUUAACAGCAUCUCUCCUCACCUCUCCCUACAGAUUCCAAAUUUCCUGAAAACUUUUCCCUUAUGGCUACGAUGCGAGCUAAAAAAGGCUCCCAGUUCUUCCUGCUUUCAGUCUAUGAUGACCAAGGGGUGCAGCAGCUGGGGCUUGAAGUGGGCCAAUCCCCUGUCUUCCUCUAUGAGGAUCAGCAUGGAAAACCCACGCCGGAAAUGUACCCAAUUUUCAAUAGGAUCAACCUAGCUGAUGGAAAGUGAGUGUUUUGAGGGCUUUUAGCUACUCUCUUUAUGGAGCUGAUGAUGUGUAAUAGAAUAUCCACCCCUGUGAUUUGUCAGCACGCUGUAUUUUAUGCGUGUUAACCAACAGAGUGGAUUCACCAUCUCGGUAAAGUUUGUUUCAACAGUUUAUGUAUAACCUCAUCCAGCCCUGAAUUCUGAGGCGGGCCUCUAAUUGCUGCCGUCUGAUUCAUACUGCUUAUCCUGUGUUGACCUUGACUAAUUUUGAAGGGAAUAAGAAGCUCACAGAGCUUUCUGCAAUGAUUUGACUUGAUCAAAGAGGUUAAGAAAUCAAUCCUUCACAGUCCCAGGCUCAAAGACACUUGUGCUUUUCUUGACUUGAAAGAAAUGUUGAACAGCCUUUUGCAUCAGACUAUACUACAGAUACAGAGUUCCCACACUGUGUGUUAAUUUUUACUUUUUGUGCUUUCAGGUGGCACAGGAUAGCUUUCAGAGUGCAGGACAAGUCUGUGACCCUGUACUUGGACUGUCAGAAAGUGGAGACCCUUGAUCUGCAGAGAGGGGACAACGCUGUGAUCAGCACAGAGGGGGUCACUGUGUUUGGGACAAGGCUGCUAGAGGAGGCGGCAUUUGAGGUAGGACAGUAGGUCUGAAAGCCUCGAAACUGUAUGUGUUUUACUUUGGUGUCACAAAAGUCCCAAUUUCAAUUUCCUUUUCUCAGUGGUUACCCAGAAAAAUAACCGGUUUGACUGAUCCACUGUGAUCUUUUCUGUACAUAUCUGCACGGAGGUAGAUAAAAGGAGGGCAUGACUUUCAGUUUUAUGUGGACUCUGUGUUAUCAUUCAAGGUAAACCAUGGGAGGCCUGGAUAGUAUUUUAUUUCAAUAAUACUAGUAUUUUACCUUUAUUGAAUCAGGAAGCCCCACUGAGAUAAGAAUCUCCUUUUACAGGAGAAACCCGGGCAGGGUGAGCCAAACUCAUUUAAAAACAUUAACUAUACAACACGGGGAAAUCACAACAGUUUAAAGAUGUCAUAUUAUAAGAUAUUCAAACACACUGUGGUCUUAAAGAAACAACAACUACAUGUCUCUGCCACUACAUCAGUCAUGAUACUUACGAGUUUGUUAAGUGAUACUAGUGUGUGUCUAUUUUAGGACCAUUUAAAAGAUGAUUAUAUGCCCAAUUUGCAUUAAAAGACAAUUUUUUUCUCCACAAACUCAGGGUUCAGUGAAGAGCAGCAAAUUAUAGGAUCCUUCCAUGUACCCAGAUGGGCUGAAAUAUAUGAAAGAGGAAGAGGGCAACAUGAAGAGAAAACAAAUAAUUACAGGAAGGAGGUUGAAGUUGAAAUUUUGAGAUUAGAGUCGAAAUAUUGAGGUGAAAACAAUCAAAAUUAUUUCAAUAAAGUAGAAAUUCUGAGAUGAAAAAUUGAAAUUUUAAGGUUAAAGUCGAAAUUUCAAGAUUAAAGUCGACAUGAUACUUGAAAAGUAAAAAUGUCGACUUAAACCUUGAAAUUUCGACUUUAAUCUUGAAAUGGAAAUUAAAAAAUCUAUCCCCUGUAAUUACUUUUUUCUCUUAUUGUAGCCCCAACUCUCUUUUGUAGAAAUAACUAUGGGUCAGGAUGUAAGGUGAAAAUAUACUAGUGUUGAUGUUGGACAUGCAUAUAGAUAACAGUAUCAUCAGCGUAGAAAUGAAUUAUUCCUUUAUUGUAGCUACUUUAUGAAAAAUAGGGAACAAGUAGAUCUCGAAAUAGAAUCCUGGUGUACACCUUAGGUGAUAUGAAGAUUACAUUCUGUUCUCGUAAAGCCUUUAUUACUUUUUUUGUCUUUUGGCUUCAUUUUUGUAUCUCUUUAGAUUUCACAAAUGCCUCCAGCUUGAACAUUUUUACUACUUAGUGCAGUGAAAAGGAUUUGAAAAGUUGGUUAAUCAGAUAAAAAAAGAACAGUGCUCUUACUCAUAGUUUUUUAAGAUUCUUGUCAACAUCUCAGACCCAUCAAAUAUGUAUAAUCCUGAAAAUCGGAUAAAAAAGAAGAAAAUUUGUACUUAACUCUCUGUAACUAAAGCACAGUACCUUGUUUUAUUCAGUAUAUGCCUGUGUGGAUAAAGAAGCAGAGUAAAACUGUUCUUUAUGUAAUGGGAGAAUCCCCCCCUCACCUGUCUUUUAAGCUUCUUAAGAAAAGAUUUAAAGGUAAAAUCAUGGGUCAAGAAGCAACAGGGUAACAGGGGUCUCUCCUGUCAAUCAAACCCUGUAGAAACAAAGCAGAGCAGAAAAGAGAGGGUGUUUGGGAAAGAGAAAGCAGGGGGAAGUGUUGCUGCUCAGACUUGCCCAACCUCCUCAUUUCCACUGCAAAGCCUUGAAAAAACACAUUCUCUUUGCCUUUUGGAUUUGCCUGUGUACAUCUGUUGGCUAUAGAUCUGUUGAUGGGAGUCUGAAGAGCCAGCUGUGCAUUUGGGCGGAGAAAGUAUGAUUGACGCUGAGUGAGUGUUUUGGCUCCUGACAGGAAACACGUAUCAUAUGUACUGAUACUGCUGAAGUCAUUCCAAAAUAUAUUUACAUGAAAAAUUUACCAGUGAGUUACUAUUUAAAGCCUAAGUACAAGUCUUCAGCACAGAAAAAUGUGUCUCCAUUUAUACGAACAUGCUGGAAAAUUCAGGAGCAAAUAGAUUCCAUCUUUGUGAAAGUUCCUGUCCUCUCUUUUCCUCUGCAGUACCCUCUAGUGUGAAGUUAUUCUGUGUGAUCCCCAGGGCCAUAUUCAACCCAUGCUUCGCUGUCACUCCCAAUGAGGAAACCCUUAUAUCCCUCUCUUAUAGAAUGAAAUAAAGAUCAACCACAGCCACCUCCCUGCCAUGUCCAGGGGGCUCUGGGUCUGUUGAGCAAUAGAGCAUGAAGAAAAGGAAAGAUGGACAGUAGAGUGAGACGCAGCCGAGUACAGAAAAAACGACCAUCCUCUCAACCCUUGUGUUCUCGAAUACCCCACAGUCUGCAACAAGGAACUGUAAAAGUUUAAGAAAGUACGCAGGGAGGGGUUCAACACUCCCUGUUGGCCUAAUAGACAGAAAGUACAGCCUCCUUUACUUGAGCAGGAGAACAACAGAUGUCCUCAGCUCUGAUAAAUGACCACCUAUACUGCCUUUAGGUUUUGUUUGUGUGUGUGAAGUCCAUAAUUACCUUCUUAACCCUGCCUGCACUUUCACUUUACCUUCCCUAUACCCUAAGUUAACCUCAGUUGCUGCUGUCCAGCUGUAGAUUACUCUCCACUCCCUCCUACCCUUCCCUUACUGAUAGACAUUCCAGCUUUUAAAUAACUUUAUAUCCCACUUCAGCCGAGAAACGCGUCUCCUUUUGGGCUCAAUAAAUUUCCCUUUUCAGAAGCACUGAAGACCAUUUAAUCUUUGGCCUUACUCCAAAAACACUCCCGUGUCCUGAUAGAUCAUCAUCUGGGAAGAGUUAUGAUGAUGAUGCAGUAUUUAUGGUGAAUACUAAUACCCUUGAGACUAUCUGUUGAUUAGAUUUAUCCUCUUGUUAAACCGGUGCACGUUUUCUGGUUUGCACUGAAUUUAGUCAAAAGACGAGUAGGGACACCCAGAUUUUUGAGCGAGUGGAAACCGUAUUUCUCUGUUUACUUUUUCCUUGAAACAUCCGAUUAAAAAAAAAAAAUAUUUACAGAGUAUUCACAGCAAUAAGAACGUCAUGUCUAUAAGUCUGUCUAUAUUUAAGCAUCAGUGUCAUACACCUCGGGGUGAGGCUGGUGCCAGGGGAGGAGAGAUUAAGCAGGAUGACCUCCGGGCCUCUGUUCCCAGGCCCUGGUUCUGUGGGAGGAGACCGGUGUUCCGGCCCAGUUCUCCCAGCGUGGGAGCUCAGCGUGGGAGCAUGGGGACUGUGGUCAGCCACUAAUGCCUCUAUUGCUUCCAGAUUGUCUCCAAGAGUUUCGGUGUCCAGAUUCAGCGCUCUGCUUUUCAACUGCAGUAAAGCAAACAUGAAACUGUCCUCAAGUCUGGUGGUGCUGCUCCUUGGCCACUGCAUGCCCUGUGUGUGUGUUUGUGUGUGUGUGUGUGUGUAUUUGUUUGCGUGUAUGUGUGCCUCCAACACGCUGACUGCUUAGAUAAAGAUCCAGUCUAGCGUUUAUUUGUGUGGAAACUCAGAUGUUUCUUUCUGUCUGGAGUAGAUCUGGAAUUAGGAAAUGUUUUGGCUUGCUGUUUUGGGCAUGUCGAAAUCGUGACUUUGAUGCGUAUCAUUAAAGCGCGGCUUUAUUUGAGUGUUUAGCAACCCCGUCGAUUUACCACACACAUCCAACACACACAUUAAAUUGGUCAUGGCCUCUUUAAGUCCGAUUUUGCUUUGUUAAUGACUUGUAUCUGAUGCUGUUCAGAUGUUUUUGGUUUGUUGUGAAAAUGUUGUUUCAUCGCUCUUACUUUGUCAUAGGGGUGUUGCUCUUUUAACUGCAGUUAUUAUGUCUCAUGCAAGACAGGAAGUGAGUUUUUACAGACUGUAUUCUGGUUUAGGUACUGGACUUGAAUAUGCAGCAUGUCAUACAUGAUCUACAUGAUUGUGAUUUAAUGGAGCAAUAUGAAUCUUGGCUAGUUGGCACCACACACCUUAUUACAGACCACAGGAAGGAUCAAAGAGGUCACCCUCCUUCGCUAACAGAGACAUCAUGUCACCUCAUAGAGGAGGCUUCUGAAAUUUGUCAAGGCGUUUUUCUUUUUCAGGAUGUCCUCACAUGUCCUCUUCGGGUGUCCUUGCCUUGUCCUAAGUGGGAAAAAAGCAGCGAACGCAUGAAUUUGGGUAAAACUUUACUCUCUUUGGGUUUCCAGAGAAGACAGCGCCUGCUGGGCAAGAAAAACAGAAAAACUUCUCUGUGAAAGUGUUGGCUCUGAUCUUAAAUUGAGAUUGGAUUAGAUUGGAUUAACUCCCUGUUGCUGUUCUCUCUUACUCUUUCCCUCUGUCUGUCACCUUGAAGUGCAAUAAUUUACUUUGUUUAAGGCUGGCUUUUGGCCAAAAAGGGGAAGGAAAAGGGCUGAGUGGAUAAGAACGCCUUUUAUGUUGAUGCAUUAUUGAAUAUGUUUUUUUUUUCCCUUGUGUAUGCCAACUCAGAUUUGAUUUAAAGAUCUAUUACUGAUAAGGAAUGAUUUGAACUGUAUAAGAGGAUACAUGAGCUGAUGGUGGGUAUACAGGGGAAAAAAAAAGUGUUUUGAUUUACUUCACCUCUGGCCACUUAAGCCUAAUUAAAGAGAUUACAAUGGAUAUAUAAUCACCACAACACGCAGCAGUUUAUCGGACUUGAUUUAUCACAAAUCAUUGCCCGGCUGUCCCCGGAUAACAUUUCACCCGGCAAUAUGUUUGCAAUGGCCUGUCAGUUACAUAGAUCCAUUUCACUAAUCUAAUCUAAAGCUUGUCAAACACUGUGCCGCGGGGCUGCCUGCAUUUUGUUUAUGUUGAAUUACUUUCGGACUCAUUUCUCAGAGUCAGUCAGCUCUGCAGCACACAGUUGUUUUUUACUUCCAGUUCGUCUUUUAGAUAUUUUACUUCAUUAAAGAUAUUUGUGUCUCUGAAAUGUUUUUAAUCUACAUAGCUGCUGUCACUGUGUGAAUGCGGCAUGAAUGGCUGAAUGUGACGUGUAAUAUAAAAGGGCUUUUAGCUGUCUGAAGACUGAAGAAAGCACUUCAUAAACAUAGUAUAUUUACCAUUCACUGUCCACUCGCUUAUAAAAUGUAAUGUUUAGAAACAGAUGAUGGAUAAAAGUGUUUAAUAACUAAUCUGUCUGGCAUUUGACUUGAUGAACUAAUAUGUACUUGAGGAAGUGAUUAAGCAAUUUAAAAGAAAUGUACAUAGUGCAGUUGUUUAGUAACAUGAUGUGCUCAGAAGACAAGAGAAGUUAAGUGUAAGGCGGCUAAAGCUAACAGAGGCCCUCAGCUUAGUGCUGCAGGGUGCAGCAGUGCUGCCUCUGUGCGUUUGUGUGUACAGACCGGCUACGCCUGCAGGGUGGGUUGGGAAGCGAAAGGUCCUGACAAGGGGGUGAGAGAGAGCUAUUUGACUGUUUUAUGAACACAAUGAGAGCUCUCCUGCAGUUAAGGGAAAACAACACAAUCGUCUGCUGUAGCAAUUUUACCAGAGGUGACAGUUUAAUGAUGCCACAGUGCUGCAGAUCGGGCAAAAUCUGGGCAUGCAGAUUGUGAUGCUGCUCACAUUUUGUCUGCAGUGUCAGAGGUAUUUUGAUACAAGUGUAAUUUCUGGAUUCUCACAAACAUCCUUUCACUGUGGAGUAGCUUCUGCAUGCUGAUGUCUGUGAGACAAUCAUGCUCUCUCUAUAACACAGCACUUCUCUGUCCUUCUGUCUGUCUUUCUUGGUAAUUUUAGGGAUAUAUUCAGCAACUCCUGAUUCUGGAGGAUCCCCAAGCUGCUGCCGACUACUGCGUUAACUACAUACCAGACUGUGACUCUGCUUUGCCCUACAACAGCAUCGCCCUGGAGCUGCGGGAGGUCAGUACUGGUGCCACCAUGAGUCAAUGCCCACAAGAAAAAAAGUCAUGCAGAAUCUUCUACACUGGUUCGUCUGAUGAGUUAUAGCUUUAGGUCGCUCAAAGGUUAAGAAAGGCCAAUAUGUCUAAAUUCAGUCUUAUUUGCCGCUAAGUGAUUCCACACUCCCUUAGAGACUGCGUUUUACAAAAAAAACGAGACAACUCAAGGAGCUUCUACUUCUAGUGCUCAUGUUAAAACAACGUCCCUCUUUAUGUAACACCUAAAUUAGCUUGUUUCAUAGCCAACCAGCGAGGGAAGCAAAAGCAUGCCUAUCAAUAAACCUGCAGUUCAUGCCUCAAGACCUGUGUGAUUUACAAGCAGACAACAGCCUCAGCCAAAAAAAGAUCCGAGUACAGCGGAGGUGUGCUGAGUGUGUGCAAAAAAAAAAAAAGAUAAGAGAGACUAAGGCGGGUAAGGCCAUCAGUCAAAGGCAAGUGUCUUUUUUUAAAAGCUGCCAAUGGUGGAGCACUCGUGGGGUCAGGUACAGGAUGUACACACACACACAGAGACACAAGCCUCUGACAUGACAUGAUAUAUACGCCUUCCUCUUCUUCAGGGCAUUUAUGUAGUUAUUGAAUCAGUUAUUGUUAUGAAUUAUUUCUAUGGCUGUGUGUGAAAGAAAGGGGUGAGCAGGAAGGAGGCAGAGAGAUACUUGUGAGGAAUUCACAGCGUUAACAAAACAAUUAAAUGUUUUAUUUCUGCUUUAUUUCGAUACACCACAUGCAUACACUUGUACACAGUAUGUGCAUCAUGAGUCUGCUGACAACCGCGAACACUGGUUAUUGAUUUUGCCCCAGAGAUGGUUUCCUAAUGAUAGCGUGCAGCCAUUUGGAUUGUCCUCCAGCUGGAUUUUAUAACAACAGCUGAGCAAUGAGCUCCGAAUCCAGAAUAUGUCAACAUCUGUCCCCCUACUGACCUACUUCCCAUCAUUCUCUCUAACACACUGACCUUGUUUACAAGUGGAUCUAAAUCACAUCACUGAUAUCUUUCACAGACUGGGCCCUCAGCGUCGUUUUCAGGCUCAGGCCAGUCAUACCACUGACAUGCAGUUGAAGUCACUCUGUGGGAUGACUCAUGCUGUAUUUGUCGGUUGCCAGAACACACUGAGAAUUAGCACCUCUGUAGAACUAGAGACAAGGUGACCCCUGACCUCACAAACAAACAAGUCCUCUGCUUUGACUAAAAGGGGACAGCUCCACAUUCGUUUGUCCUUUCCUCAUUUCAUGUUUGCUCCAGGUUUUUACCAGCUCUGUGGGAAUCUAAGUAGGUAUUCAACAGUGGAUCUGUUUGCUUUACUUCACCACUUUUCUUUUCCAGUAGUGUUAAUGUUCUUUCUAUCCUGUGCCCUCGUCCUACACCCCCAUUUUUCAUAAAAGAACACCCAACUUGUUGCCGAUGCCAUGAUGCAAAGUGACCAGCCCAGCGAACCACAGGAGCCCUCCGAAAAGGAGAAAAAGGGCAAGAAGAACAAAAAGAAGAGGGACAAGGGCUCUAAAGGAAAAGGCAAACGCAAAGGCAAGGGCAAGAAAGGAUCCAGAAAGAAAAAACACGAGGAGGAGGGUCUCGAAGAUGGCUUCCUCAGGGUGUCCACAACACUGCCCGAGUAUCUAUCCCAAGAACCUUUUAGGCCCACGGAGACGCCUGAAAUUGAGAGUACUUUGGAAACUAUGAUCCCCGCUGAAGCAUCUGAAGAAAAGAGCCACAUGGAGAUGCCCACACAUGAGCCUGACUCUUCAACUGUGGUGCCCAGUGCAUCGCCUGAAACAGAGGUUACCGAGGAGGUAGACAUGUUUAUCUGUAGAUCCCCUCCAGCUCAACUGCCUCUUCCCAUUUGCAGCUCUAACUGAUCACUCCCUGAAGACCUCCUAACAUAGAGAGCACCCUUACUACCGUCUUACCGCCACCACCACUAACCAGCACCAUUUUAAUCACCGCCUGCUGCAUCCAUAAUCCAUCCAUUGGCUUUAUUAUAUGGCUGCGUAUGCUUGAAAAUAGUAUAAUAUGCAUAUCAUAUAUCUUAAAGUAUGCCAUGCAUGUUAGAUACAGUGAAUGUCUUUCUUUGUGCCAACCAAUAGGUAUGUGUUUGUGGUUAAUAUUAAACUCAACAUAAUGUGAGAUAAUGUUAGAUUAUUUAUUUAUAAAGCAUACAUUUCUAACUUCCUACAGCAACCUGCAGAGGCUGCUUGUUUGAACCCCUCAUGUUUAAAUUUGACUUAUUUACCAAGUCAACUAAUUUUCAUGCUCAUGUUGUUUAUGUAGCUUGUCGUAGUCUGUGCCACGCCGCCACAUGAAUGCGAUGUAUUCCAUCAGCGAAUUACAUCCCAGCACUGCAAUUAACGUGCACACCUGUCAACCUGUAUGUAGCCUGGAUAAUCAACACUCCCUCGUAAAAAACACCUGUUAUGCUAACAUUCAUGAUGUACAUUGUAAAAUGUGCAGCCCCCUCGACAUUGCUGAGCACUAAUGAGACAUGCUCGGUGUCCCCUGGUUAACCUCUGCUGUGACUCAUUUACGCCUCUUUCAUUGGCCUGCAGGAGAGCAUGCCGGUGAAGAAGCCAGUGGUGGAGGAGUAUGGAGAUGACCUUUAUGCAGACCUCUAUGAUGAUCUCUCUGUUUCCACGGUAACAGUGGGUCCAAAUAUGACUGACUAUGAGGUAGGUUGGAAGCAAAACACUUUGAGUGUGCUCACCUCAGCGCUGAGGUUAUUUUUAUGUUGUGACUUAUGUCUGUACCCUGACAGAUUCUUGAAUAUGAAGAUUACAAGAAUGACACAGAGUCGUCCUACGAAGAGUACGAAACCUAUGACGACGGCUACGACUUCGCUGAGCGGGAAAGAGCUCAGACGUGGGAUGGAGAGGUAAAAUCUUAAAGUAAACUCUGGUAUCAAAUUAAUGGUCACGUCUUUGAUUGACUGUAUCGAGUGAUUUGCUUCAUAUGUUUCUCCUCCUCAGGCUGGCCUCAGAGCAGAGAAAGGCGAGAAGGGAGAGCCAGCUAUUAUUGAGCCGGUAAGCUGCUGGAAAGAAUAAAGAAGCAGCCCGAUAGCUUUAGAUAUGAUUAUGGAAACAGUGUGUUAGUCUUCUAAUUUACAUGCCUUUCUUUGCACCUUUUUUUAGGGCACAUUAGCGGAAGGACCUCCAGGUCUAGUAGGGCCUCAGGUAAGUCAACAGGAAUGAUGGUGAUUGUGAAAUGAUAGGAUGUGUUAAAAUGGGAUGAUAGGGAUUGUCAAAAUGUGAAAUUCAGAUUGUAUGAAUUAAGAUUUAGCAGGAAAGAAACUGGAUUUUCAGGGUGUAAUUACUCUUCUAUUUGAAUUCAGUUUGGAAAAUAGGUUUCGGUUCUGCUGAAGGAGACCAGUGAUUCUCAACCUCAGGGUCUAGUCCUCCGCAGCAAUUGCAAGAUGAUUUCUUGGGGUUACCAGAGGGGUUGACAACCAAAUAUAUAAUGGAAUAGUUGAGUUAUAAAUCCAGUUAAUUACACAUUAGUGUGGCUGUUCAAGUUGGUGCUGUCAGCUCUCUCUUUAUAAAGUUCACCUAGAUAUACAAGCGAAAGCAAAGAGAGAUAUGCUGGACUGUGAAUCAUAAUUAAUGCAAAUAAAGUAUGUGGGUUGUUUGAUAAUCCUGGUUGUGCUUUUUGGGGGUCAGGCUUUUAAAAACUCUCCUCGGAUGCUAAAAAGAGACUCCAACCAUAUUAUUCUUAAAGGUCAUGACUUAGAAAGCUUGAGGGGCCAUGAAGACGAGGACUAUAACUGCAUGUUCCUUAGAGUUUUUAUUUUUUAUUUUUUGAGCGCUGCAAAUGUUUUCCUCACAGGGACUAGCAGGCCCAGCUGGACCAACAGGCCCUCCAGGACCCAGGGGGGAUCCCGGUGAAAUGGUGAGUGUAGCAUACGCCCGGUCUUGGACUCACUUGGGUCACUGGGUAGUUACAGACGAGUUUUACCCCUUCAGCUUGGGCUUAACCCAAAUUUAAACACGUCUGUGGGAUCACAAUGUCCUGGUUUGGUCCUGAACUGAACCUGCUGGACCUCACUGCCGGAUGCUGACUCACACAUGCUUGACCUGAUUUUCGUCAGUGUGUGAUUGCUCGACAAAAUGUAUUAGCCCAUGAUUCAUCAAACUUGAACCGGCUCCAACACACAUGCACACGCACACACUGACAGAUGCUCUGACAGUUGUUGAUGGUUUUUGUCAUUUUGCUUGGCAGAGAUGUUGAUGGUAGUUUACUGGUAUGCAGAAAAAUCUGGUUGAGAGUAACAUCAACUUCCAGUCAUAAAAACCCUUUAGUAGCUUUGUAAGGUUCAGGUUCAACCCAUUAAACAAACAAACCAUUUUUUAAUUUAUUUGUUUAUUUAUUUUAAUUCAAAGUUAAGGAAACUGCAGCUUUGAUGGAUACUCUUGACUCUGAUGCUUUUUUCUAAAAGUGAGGAAAACAUGAAUAAUGCAGAUAUUUGGUCAUAAAACUAUAAUAAUAUGGAGCAGUAUCAAGUUUUACCAUAAAAAAGAAACAAGAAAUAAUGAGCUAUUGCGACUUAACACAUUUAAUGUAAUAUAUCAUUCCCUCGCAUAUUCGUAGGUGUACAUAUUAAAGCUGUUUUAAUGUUAAUUUUACAUCUUUAUGUUUAUUCUAUGUAUAUUUACUUGUUUAAAACAUGCUUUGAAGGGAGGGGUCUAUAAAAAAACCCCACAUUUAAGUAUAUUUCCAAAUAUUCUUGGGUGCCUGGAGUCCUAAUGGUUGUAAAGGGGUAAAAUAUGUUCACAUUAAUGCUAAAUGCCUUUCAGUGAACUCUUUGGUAGCUCACUUUCAAAUCUUGAAACUCAAAGGGAAAAUGAGUUUGUUCAUGCUAAAACUUGAUACUGUCUGACUUAGUGAAAUCAGUCCACAAGUGAUUGAUGCCUGUUUGAUUUGCUCAUGAAUUUUUCAUAGAACUGACAUCCUUUUAAUGUCUGAGGAAGAAAAUUACUCCCAAUCUCUUGGGUUUAGUGGAACCUAGCUUGUUAAUGCAGUUCAUUCAUCUUCAGGGUUAUUUUGUAUUAAAUGUAUUUAACCGUCUUAAAAUGAAAAUAUCUCAACAUUUAGAUUACUUCCAGGAUUACGUCAGCUGUAAUCUGGUGAUCACAAUCUUUAUGAUUCUAUGUAACCUGGAAUGACUUGUUUACGUCGAUAUUUACAGCGUGUAACAAGGAGAUAAAGGUUAUGUGUGUGCGAUAAGCUUAGCUGAUAUAGAGCAAAGGUCAUUUUUACAGUGAUUAGGCUGAAACUCUCCCCUUUUCUCCAAUGACACUCAUUCCUCGCCUCUAUCUUUCUCUCUGUUUAUGUGCCACCCUCACAGACACACUUACAGACUUAAUAACACACACACACCACCAUACACACAGAAACUGAUGCUUAUCCCUAUCUGCGUCCUCUCUUUCAGGGUCCCCCAGGACGUCCUGGUCUUGCAGGGGUUGAUGGGAUUCCAGGUCCCCCAGGAACACUAUUGAUGCUACCAGUAAGACUUUAGAUUACACUCAUGCCUUCUCUCUCUCUUACACACACACACAUUCACACACAUAUGUAGACAAACCCUUCCCCGGUGUUGAGUAGCAGCAUGACCACAAGGGGGGGCUGUGUGAUUGAACUUCAUUUACAUUGGGGAAUCCUGCAGUGGGGACUGAUUCUUCUUUGUUUUGCCUCUAGUUCCAGUUUGGAGGUGAUUCCCAGAAAGGACCGGUGGCAUCUCCCCUAGAAGCUCAGGCUCAGGCUAUCCUACAACAGUCCAGGGUAGAUACUCAAAACUCUUGACUUCUAUGUGAAGACAAAUUCAUUAAAAGUCUAAAGUUGUAAACCACUUAUUUUUUCCCUUCAGCUGUCACUGAGGGGCCCUCCAGGUGCGAUGGGUCUCACAGGGCGACCGGGACCGCUGGUAAGACACGUCCCCUGACCUUUACAAAAUCUGCAUCUCACCCCCAGUACUUCUGCAACCUUUGCCUCAACUUCCUUAUUCAGUCUGACCAGACAUAACCUCUAUUCUGCUCCCCUACCCUCCAUACUUCAUCAGUAUGCAUGCUCACUAUGUCCAAUUUGUUGUGAUUGUGGAAUAACUACAGGGUUACAAAAGUGAGUGGAAUUUUAAAUGAUUUGCCCGUUAGCUCAUUUACAUUUUGUAAGUUUGGUGCUAAUAUUGAGUGAAAAGUUAUACAGCUUCUUUACAUCAUGUUACGCUUUAAUGAAUUCUUGUUUCUGUGUUACAGGGUACUACAGGUGCCACAGGGCUGAAAGGAGACAGGGGGGACAGCGGCCCUCCUGUAAGACCAAGUCCUCUUUUAGCACUGUACCACUCUUUUAUUGUCACACUAUUCACUUUUUCUUUCACCUCUUUGCAUUUCUUGUUCUAAGGGUCCACAUGGGUUGCCCGGUCCUCAAGGAAUCAAUGGAAAAGUGGGAAAGAGGGUGAGAUAUAUCGAGUAUAGCAAGUAGCAACACAGUGAACGAAUGUAGCUAAAAAAAACAUUAAAUAAUUAAACCUUUUUAAAAUGAUGGUGUGUCUUGUAGGGGCGUGCUGGAGUAGACGGGGGUCGCGGAGCUCCUGGUGAAACAGGCGCGAAGGUAAACUCUUUGAUGUCUCACAGAUCUGGUUUGAAGUACAGAUAGUUUCUCUAGGUUCAGCAGCACAUAGUACCCGUAGGUUUGUUUUUCCUUGUGCUCUUACUGCACUGCUGCGUGUUUUUAAAACUUGUGAGUUACGUUUGAUGCUAAGAUCCAUUAUUAACCCAUGUGUUCCUGCAGGAAGGUCUUGUAUGUUAACAAACUUUGUGUUUAAGUGUAAGCCUUUAGGUAUCCAGCAUCCCACAGCUUAUUAUAUGUAUUGACAACGAAGCAGCUCAAUACAUUACAGCUGCAGGAAGAGCUUAGUAAAUAAAUAAGGCUCCCUUGAUGCCGGCUCUGACAAAACAGCAGAGUCUUUAUCAGUCAAAGCAGCAUUUUUAGCAGACCUACAGCUAAUCUGCAAGCCCCGUCUCCCUGACACAUACUCAGAGCAGAUGGUAGGUUCUGCCAGGGGAGACUUUCACCACAUUUCUGCUAAUGUUUACACAUUACCGUAUGUGUGUGGCUUCAGGGUUUAAUGCACUUGCUUCUCUAUUACUUUUCAGGGUGACAGGGGUUUUGACGGCCUGCCAGGUCUCCCAGGAAACAAGGGACAUAGAGUGAGUUGAAACCGGUGACUUAAAUAUAACUGUAUUAAUUUAGCCAUUCAGCCGCUAACACACUGCAGAGCAUGCAUAAAUACCUCACACAGCAUACGGCAGAUGUUUAUUUGCAUAUUUUGAUCUUGCUGAUUGUUGGGAUUCCUGUGAUUCCAGCAUACGACUACAAAAACAGCAUUUGGUUGAUAUUGCUCUGCUACAAACAGAAAGAACCAAAAUAUCUCCAGGCUUGUUGCUAAUGCUUUUAUCUUGUAGGGGGACAGAGGAAAGCCUGGUCCUCAUGGGCCUGUCGGAGAGCCAGGAGAAAAGGUGAGUGCACAGUAUUUUUCUCGCAACAGAAAAACCUGCAGCGGUGCUUUGUAAUACGUACUUUUCCAUUUUGCGAGGUUAAAAGGAAAACCAUUUCCAGAUCAGUGAAUCAAUUCUGCAAGCCAUUCAGAUGUAAAAGCACUACAGAUCAAAAAGGUCUUUAAGGAAAUUAAUUCACAAACUCUAGAAAUUUUCUGAUUCUGCUGCGCUGUCCUGAGUUCAUUCAGCAUCAACGUUUGCAAAGAGACAUGAAUGCAAAUCAGUGCAUCCCUCGCAUAGUACUGAAAAUAUGAAAGAUAGAGGCUCCGUCAAGAUAGUAUCAAUCCAUGCAGGCGGGUAAGUUCUGAGAGCGGUCUAUUAGUCUGUGCUCGAAGAUAGUUGAGCCUUAUCUGUCAGCCAGCAAAUUUCUUUAAUGAGCUAUUUUCACAGAUUAUGUCUGUGGGGAUAUGAAUGUUUCCGCAUCAAGGGUUGAUGUACAACAGUGCGCAAGAUUUAUGUGAUGAAUCUGUUUUCCUCUCGUUUUAGGGAUCUGAUGGUCCUGUGGGGCCGAGAGGGCAACCAGGCGAGCCUGUAAGUAACCACAUCUGGACGAAUCUAACCCUCCCAGAUAAUACACGCACAUUUAAAAAAACAUAAGAGUCUUUGGAUUUUUAGGAGUAUCCUCACACAAAAAGCUCAUUCUUGGUGUAAAAUCACUGAAACAAAAGAUUUCUGAAAGAAACCCUAAGGGGAUUUGGGGAGAUCACUGGAUUAAGGCUUCAGCUGGAGUUGCAGCCAAAGUCUUACAGAAGAAUUUACACGAGUACAACUUCUGCAGCUCAAACUGCACAUGUACAAACACAAGUGAAACACUGCAAAAUGCUUAAUAAUGUAGGACAAGUUUGUAAAAGCUAGAAUGGUCAGAUCUUAUUAAUGCACUGAACACAGUGUUCAUCCGAGCAUAAAGGACGGAAAGGUCAUUGGAAGGAGGUGAACACAAACAUAAACAUCGACAAAGCACGCUCAUGUAUUCUACACAAAGCCUGCGAUGCAACUUUGGAGCUAUGAGAGUCCACAAAGACCUUAAGAUCUGUUAUUUUCUGUGUAUCUCAAGGGUGAACACUGGUUGAUUGGUUAUGACUCACACUCUAUCUUUCUCCCAGUAGGUGAGGCUGAGGCUCAGUGGGGUUUCUGUCCCUCCAAAUGGAUCACCUACUGCAGGAAGAAAUAGAGUGCCACAAGACAUGUUAGAAAAGCAGUGUUUAACUACAAAGAUACAGGAAGGGAGAGGGGUUGACUGUUUUUUGAAGAGAGAAAGAGAGAGAGAGAGAGAGAGAGGAAGCGAUGGGAGAAGUGAGACAGUGAGAGACAAACGCAGGACUAAAAUUUGGUUGGUGGUGGGAGAGAUAAGAGAGAUGGAGAGAGGAAAGAGAGGGAGCCGGAGAGGGAAGAGAUAAAAUCCUGGCCCGAAUGAUUAUAUUUCCAUAUCAAUCACUUCCCAGGAGAUCACAGAUGUGGCUUUGGAACAGGUGGCUUGGCCAGCCUACAAAGAGGGAGGCUGACAAAAACAGGGCUCGCAAAUACAGGCUUGCGCAGUCUCCGUGGCGACCACGUACACACCAGAUGCGCCCACACACACACUAAAACAUAUUAUCUGUCUCUCCCUGUUUUUCAGCCCUUGCCUUAGUUCUGAUUUAUGAUUUAGUAUUCAACACUUACCCCACCUCAUCAUGAAUUCAGGCUAGCUGCUGACUAUUUGCUGUGUUUUGUCUCCAGGGUCCUCGGGGUCUUGUCGGGCCGAGGGGGCCACCUGGCCCACCUGGCCAACUGGUGAGUGAACAAUGUCUUGAUUACAGAAUCAGAGGUUCUCUGUCUUUUAAACUCGAUCAAAGGUCUUUUUUAUGUCAUCUAAUUGUCAGUGUGAUGCCGGGGAUAACUGGGGGAGUUUUUAAUGAAUUUCUCUGACGUCUUUUAUGUUUGUCCUUUAGGGUAUAACUGGAACUGAUGGAGCUCAAGGACAAAAGGGCAACCUGGUAAGUGCUGUCAACUUCAUGAACACGUCAUGAUACCGUUAUACUGAAGUGAUGAAGUGGAUUUCAACAGUUUUUACAAAGUGAUCUCUGCGACAGUAAAAUGGCUUUAACCUUCCUCCUGUGUUAGCUUUUACUACGAACCCACUAUGUUAAGGGUCGGUUUUGACCCGUGUCAUAAAUCAGCUGUAAAUCACAAUAAAAAACAGUUCUCUAUCAUCCAGUUUGGUUCUCAUCUCUAGGUUACCUUGUUAGGCUUCAUUAUCCAUGAAAAUAUUGCUUAGAAAGUUUUUGUAGUGGGCCUCUGGACCUUUCCUUGUCAGUAUACUCCUCACACAGACAUCCAUACUAAAUUGAUCUCACAUGUCUGGACAUGCUCAACAUUGUUUUUUGUGCAGGGAAAAACUUGGCAAAAUGGGAAUUUCCUAAAUCUCACAAGAUUAGAAGUGGAUCUGAUUGUCAGUGUGGUGCCUGACCGUGCACUUAUGAUUUUAGUUUUUGCUCUUAUUAUUUAUUGAUCUAACCAGGUCAACAGCGACCCUAACACGACUAGUGCCAUCAUUUUAAUAAGAGCAUUUUAUAAUUUAGUCAAUUUAAUUUUUUUGUUUUUAUUUUGUUGAAAUAGAGGUUCCUGACAAAGUCUAAAAGUCUUAAUGUAGAAAAGCUAAUUUAAGUGGUUCUUUUAGGCAUUUAAAAUCAAAAACAGGUCGGUGCAGACCCUAACACAGGAGGAGGGUUAAGUGGCCCUCUAAGAAACCAAUAACCUGUCAUUUAAUGAUAAGCUCACAACAAAGAUCACAUGAGGUUUGAUUAUCAACAUUUCUUGUUUUCAGGGACCAGCUGGAGAGAUAGGACCCCCGGGGCAACAGGGAAAUCCAGGAGUUCAGGUAUUGCAGACUAAAAAAGUGUCACAGCUCGAGUUCACAAAUCUUCCAACUAAGUUACAGUCACACACACAACCAUGUGCAUGCUGACACUUUAAUUAAACCCCCUCUGACAGGCUCUUUAUUUUGUGUACUAUUUUUUCACAGCCUAAAAACUGAAGGUUCGCUCGCCCUUCUGUGUUUGUAGGAAAUUUGCUGACCCUCUUAGUAAAUAAAAACCUUGUAUUAAUCCAACUGCAUGGCUCUAGAGUGUCUUCUGGAUAAAAGGCUGUUUUAAUUACCUCAUGAAAAGAGUCUUUUUGGACAUAAAAGGCUGUCACCCAGCAGCAGCAACAUGCAAUUUCAUAACGUUUACAGAGACGCUAACAGCCGGAUAAAGGCGAUUAUAUAUAUAUAUUUCAACAAUCCAUCCAGUCCCCUACUCAUACAAAGAUCAACACUCAUACCUAUUAUCAAUACUGACAAGACCCAUGCUAAACACACAUAACACACAGCCUUCAGCAAAACCUCAGCCCCCAGCUCUCUCCUGAUCUUGUGACACUUAGCCUGAUUGAUGCUUUGUUCUGGUUCAGGGCUUGCCCGGUCCUCAGGGUCCCAUCGGAGUGCCGGGAGAGAAGGUAGGUAGCAUGUCUCUCACUUAAUUUCAGAAUUAAAGCUAUGACCUUAUGACCCCUGUCAUCACAUACCCAUGGGGAAGUGCGCUGAGCUGCAGAGUACGACCCGAGCACUUCUGGCUCCUGUUCAGACGAGACAGGGCCAGACAGGAAAUCAAUACACAAGAAACACACACAGGCACAACAGACACUUGGGACAGCCUUGGCCGGUGCUCAUCAUGGGCUUGAUGAGACUGAUAGAAGAAAUAAAAAGCUGACCAAGACAUGAAUUCAGUAUGUUUAGUAGAACAGCUUCAACAUGGAAAUGCGGUAUUUCCGGAAUAAGUUAAAGCUAACGCUACAUCGCAUUGAAAGCUUAACUCCGGUAUUCAUGGCUCUUUCUCUUUUACAGGGUCCCCAGGGAAAAGAAGGCAUGCAGGGUCUACCCGGCAUUGAUGGCCCUCCUGUAAGCACUCAAACACACAAGUACAAUAAUGCAAGCAUUAACACAAACACACACAAACAAACCAGUAGCAUGCAUCUAUGCCUCUGCACAUGGAGCAUCUAUCUACAUAUAAAUAGAGAGGAGAGAGUGCUGCUGCUACUGCUUUUUCCACAGUCAACUCAGGACAAAACAAACUGCAUACGAAUAAUAGCUCGGUAUCAACAGAUUUAAGAUCAAAUACGGUGAGCUUUACUCCAUACAAGCAGUGCAACACAUUUAAAUAACCAGUGUUUUUUAAACCUUUUUUCCCCGAAUAGUUUAAGACAUCAAGAUUGGAUUAACUUUACAUAAAAAAAUGCUACACCACAGAAAGAGAGUUUAAAUCCUUCUUGGAAAGGGAAUUACAGGUAGACGGCAAACUGUUUCAGUACAGGGCGAUGCACCGCUACACAAUAAAAUCUACAUUUUUUUUAAACUGGGCCGUACAAGAAAUUCCUGGAAUUAGUUUAGAGGAGCAUGAAAUAGGAAGAAUGAAAAACCUUAAUAUAGUGAGGUGUUUUCAGCUCCUCGAAUUACUUCAACAGUCCAUUCAGAUGCAUUCAGAUGAGUUUCUCUUGAUGCUGCACAUGGUUCUCCAAUGCCUUGUGACAUUAAUGUCUAACAGUCUCAGGGUUGCAGGUGUUUUGUCUUUUUAAUGGGUUGUAUUCAUGAAUGUUAAGUGAUAAUGUACUGACAACAGUGCUUUGUCAAUCUAAUUCAUGUUUUCCUUUUCUCUUUCCCAGGGUCACCCAGGAAGAGAGGGCCCCGCCGGGGAGAAAGGCAUUCAAGUAGGUCACUAUACACGAGUAUCAUGGCACAAUAUUGAAGCUUGAUGAAAUGCUGUGUCUAACAAUGUGGAGUAACUGUGCACUUAUUGGCCUAAGGCUGAAGUUAUGCAAACCCUAAUUUUGUUCCUCAUCAUGUUUGUUUCUUCCACCACAAACCACUGUGCCGGGACGCACUGCUUAUCUACACAGAGGGGAAAAAAAUAUACUGGCUGUUGUUUUGCUUAUAAUCUUGUUCUUUUUCUAAAUAUAGGGUUUACCAGGUGCUCAGGGGCCUGUCGGGUACCCAGGGACCCGUGGCGUCAAGGUGAGGCACAAACCAUUAUCUCAGGUGUAAUGUCCACCGAGAUAUUAAUUCUCUUGCACAUUUCAUUCUGCGCUCAUGUCUACCUGUGAUGGACAAGCUGUUUUAGUCGUUGAGUGACAGAUGACAGGUGGAGGGAAAGCACCUCGGAUCUCAAGGGGACUGCUAACAACAGAGUGAGGAACAUUUGACAGAUGGGAGGAAUGAAAGAGUCAGAUAUAGCAGAGCAGAGCAGAGUGUGUGUGUGUGUGUGUGUGUGUGUGUGUACUGUUAGUGUAGAACAGUCCAUUCUGACUGAGUGAGUUUCUGGAAUCGAGGAAUAAAAGCGUAGCUGUCAUGAAGUGGCUGUCAGCCUGGUGUUUGUUUUUGUCACUUUCACACCUGUGUUUUUUUGCAUCUGGUAGUUUGGCUUAGUGUCCCUUAGCGGAAACCUGGCCUUGUUGGCCAUCAUUAGUAUAAAAUGAAAACGAGGUCAAAAUCUACUCAAACAAUUCUAGGUCAAAAGAAAAACUAUGAACUGUAUCAAAUAAUUUCAGAUUUUAAGAUGCAGCAUUUUUGGCAGAACUCUAGUAUUUCCUCUCAGCUUGUCAGUGAUGUGAUAUUUUCAUACCUCCAAUUUUUCCUGGGGACUCUCCCGUAUUUCAGACCUAUCUCCCGCCCACCUCCCAUAUUGUCAUUUCUCCCGGGAAUCUCCCAUAGUUUGUAUCUUCCAGGUUCAUUCAGGAAUUGGAUCACCUCCAUGACAAGGAAACAAACACGAGAUGUAAUAUUUACGUUGAUAGUCUUGCACCGUCUCAGAGUGAUGCAUUCAGGGCAGCCUCAGACAAAAGAGUCUAACACCAAUAUUAGUGGACUGAAUAAGUUCAAGGCAUAUUGUAUCUAUUUUUCUAUUACCAUUUUUAAUAGUUAAAACAAAACAAAAAGUGUGCAGCUUCACUUAAACUUAUUUGGAUGAGUAAUCUCAUUACAAAUACUCUCAUAAUUGACUCAUAUCCACCAUACAAGGUAACUCCAAAACUGCCCGCAAAAAUCCCCUUGAUUUAUACCCCAAAUGUUGGCAGGUAUGUAUAUUUUUUGUUGAAUUUGUUGUUUUUCUUUCUCUACAGGGAGCAGAUGGAGUGAGGGGUCUAAAGGGGAGCAAAGGAGAGAAGGUGAGUCUGCGCUGUUGCUUGUUGUCUAGACAGUAGAAAAAAAAAAUUACAAUGUGAUGAUUCAGUUUAUCGUUAAAAAGCUUUUAUAGAGUAUUCGUCAUGUUAUGUUAUGUUCUUUCGACUGUUCUCGCCUCAGCAAUCACCCCUCGGGGAUGAAUAAAAUGUGGUAAAUUGAAUUGAAUUGAUACAUCACAGGGAGAAGACGGCUUCCCUGGGUUCAAAGGUGACAUGGGUAUCAAGGGAGACAGGGUAAGAGCUCCAAAAGAUGGAAAAAAAACCCAAAAGCCUUAGCCUCGGUUUCUGUCAACCAUAGUGGAUAUAUAACCUAUUUGUUUCAUUCUUAGGGUGAUAAUGGAGCCACUGGUCCUCGUGGAGAAGAUGGACCUGAGGGGUUUAAGGGCCAAGCAGGACCCAUGGGAGAUUCAGGAGCCAUUGGAAUAGCUGGCGAGAAGGUAUAAAUUUUAAAGAUUAGACUAAAAGACAAAUCUAUGAUGAAAAAAAGAUGGAAAAUUAAUUUUAACAGGCCACCAGACUACAGAUUUCAGAGUUGUACAUAGCAUUGUACAUAACCUUUUAUACUUUUAUAUUUUUAUACUUUAUAUAUUUCUUGUAUGCUCUUAUUAGUUUUUAUUCUAGUAUUUUACAUUUCUCUCUGUUUAUUGUCACACCAUCAUGCCAAAACAAAUUCCUAGUCUGUGAAUCGUGUUCAUCAACAAUGGCAAUAAAACCCCUUCUGAUUCUGAGUUGUACAGCUGCAUCUCUUCUAUCUUUCGUAAAGAAGCUUCAUUUUUAGAUAGGAGUGUCUAAAAGCCAUUGAGAUGCAGAACAUAUAGAUUAUGGUACCUCAGCUUUAAUCACAUAUAGUUACAUCCUAUUCCCAAGGAGACUGCCUCCGAACAAGUACGCAUGUUUAAGCAUUUAAUCUUCUGUCAACCUUAAACAAAUUAAGCUAGAGAUAUCCCGCUGUAUUAGUACAUGCAUAUUCAGCAGUGAGUCAUACAAGUCCUAAUUAAAUGAUUUUCAUGCACUGUUCUUUUUAAUAUUCCUCUGGUUUAAUUCCUCCUCCCCUCUCACUCUGCCCGUGUCUCUGCAGGGUAAACUUGGCGUGCCUGGAUUGCCAGGAUACCCAGGAAGACAGGGUUCUAAGGUGAUUUAGCACUGAUGAGCAAUGAUGAUCAGUUAAUGUGUCCUCUGGUUCUUGUAGCACAGCUUUAACCAGCUAGAUGUGUGUCUUUGCCUGGACUGUUUCCUGUCUGAUUAAAAACAAAGGAUGAUGAAUGGCUUAUUAAAAAAGGCUAUUUUAUUAAUAGUCAUUAGUGACAUCAAUUCAUUACAUGUUGAUGAAUGGUGUAUUUAGAGCUGUGUUAGGCUCAUGGAUUAGAUUUGCUUUAAUUUGAUACAGUGGUUAAUUAUACGUUAAUGAGACGUUUGGGGUAUUGGGUGAUGAAUGGAAGACUGAAGAUGAUUAACCUCUACGUGUGUCUGCAGGGAUCUCUUGGCUUCCCUGGUGCUGCCGGGGUCAUAGGAGAGAAAGGACGAAGGGUGAGGACUGCGGCGACAAUUUCACACUCACAUUCUGACAGCUUUAAAAAAUAUCUACACGUCUCAGAAGAAAUGUUGAAUCAUUUUUAACCUCUGCUCUGCAGGGUCCGGCUGGUCAACCUGGGCCUGGUGGCCAGAGAGGUUCUAAUGUAAGUCUGCGUUUUAGUCCAUGUAUAGAGCUGUUUAAGGUUUCUCUAAUUAGAUAGUAUCAGUUCGCUGCAUAAUGUGGGAGGCAGACGGUUACAUCACCGCAGUGUUUUCACAUCACCAGACGUUUAUCUUCCACCUCCAGAUGAGUUAUGCAUGUGCUAAUCAGACUCUUGUUUGUUUUCCGAUAGGGAGCCCGGGGGGGCAGGGGAGCGAAGGGACCCACUGGAAAGCCCGGAGAAAAGGUGAGAAACAAACACACUCGAACCCCACACAGCCUGACGCAAACAAAGACAAAUGCACCUGCAGUUAGACACAUAAACACACACCUGGCUGUCUCAUAAAGUAUGGAUGACUGAGCUGACCGACUUGGAGCUGCUUGUUGCUAUUCACUUGGAGAUGACAGGCCAUCUGGUGCAGUGAGAAGCUACUGUUUGGCAGGAGAUGCUUCAGUUUACGCUCUCACCCUCAAACAGCAUCUUGGGAAAGCUUAACAACUUUUGGCAAGGAGAGAACUAAAAAGUGUUGAAGUGGUUUGUUUGCUUGUUCUGAAAGGGUAUUUUAAUUUUUUAUCCUCCUUGGCUCCCUGGUAGGGUUCUUCUGGACUGGAUGGUCCCCCAGGAUCGACCGGAGAACUGGUAAUCUAACUGUUAAUACUUUGAUAACCGCCGAAUGUCUGACAAAAAAAAGGGAAAAAGUUUUCAUUUAACUAACAACUGAAGUUUUGAAAUUUGGUCAUUUUAUUUUCUAGGGUCCCAAUGGACCACAGGGAAGACAUGGAGAACCAGGACCUAAAGGGCCUAAUGUGGGUAAACUAUACUGGAUUGUAAAGUGUCUGCUAACCAUUGGUCACUGUCACUUCAUUACCAGGAUGUAAGAAAAUGCUUCUCUUUCAGGGACCGCCAGGAAAAGAUGGAUUACCAGGUCAUCCAGGCCAGAGAGGGGAGCCAGUGAGUCACUUUUAUUGUCAUUAAGUUAGACACUCGGCAUUUUUAUGCCACAGCAUGAGCAACAGCCAUUGAAGUAGACAUAAUGAUCUGAGGUUGUUUGUUUUUGAAACAAGCACGUGUGGUGACUGCAAUAUCUUCGAUACAACCAGAGGGAAUGUGUUUAGACUUGACUCAAAGGUUGGCUCGGACUCAAGGGCAGUCUUGUCCCGAUUUUGUCGUCAAAGUCAAGGACAUGCUGAUCUUUAAAAAAAAAAAAAAAAAGGUUUUGGCUAUAUAUCAGAAAAUUAUUCACCUAUUAUGAGGUGAUUCUGUUUCGGAAUUUUAAACAGGGUAAAUUUAUGAAGUGAUGACAUUUUUACAGAAAAGGGCGAUGAAAAUUUACAGCAACACUAUAGUUCUUUUCCCCUUCUUAAGAAUAGCUAGAAGAUAUUACAGCAUUACCACAAAUGCAAACUUGGACUCCAGGACAAGCUGUUGGGACAUUGGUUGUCAGAAGUCCAUGCUACUGUGACAUAAAUCUCAGCAGAGCGAUGGAUGCAGAUUUAAUAAUGCCUGUUUCAUUAUUAUUUUAUUUGCCUAAGAGAAAUAGGGCAUCCAUGAUCGAGCAAUGGAUGAUUCCCCCAAGAGAGAAGAGAAGGGUCUGCUGUCAAACACAAACCCUGACAGAAAAACACAGAGAGGGGGAUUUCUUCUAUAGAUGACUGCGGUGUAAACUCUCUUAUUUAAUGUUGCCGUACUUAUGCUGUUAUUGUGCUUCCUAGGUGAUGCAUCCUUUAAAGACCUUAAAUAUGCCAUAAAAUAACGCCCUUUAUCUCCUUGUCCCAGCCAAUGAAACUGUCAUUCUGUAGGAAAAUGAAUGCAAACAUUGACUCCAUACAUAGUUUAACACCCUGUACUGAAUGUUGCCAUCGGUGAUUGGUUUAUGGAUUUCCCAUUCACUUUAAAUCAACUUGAAUUGAUUGAAUACUACUCACUUAUCGUUUUUAUUCAGGGUUUCCAAGGCAAAAAUGGUCCUCCCGGCCCCCCAGGUGUUGUUGGACCACAGGUAAGAAGAGUUUCUGAUGUCUGAGCAAUGUGACUGUUUGUUUGCAGAAUAUGCUUAAACCCCCUCCUGGCCUGAUUUUCAUUAAAAUUAUUGCAAGUGUGCAUCAUGAAACAAGGAAGAAAACACAAAAAAUUGUAGCAGUGAGGAUUUGAGUAUCAAGCUGUGAAUAUUUAGACAGACACUGUGAAGAAAUGUAUCUUCACAGUGACAUUCAGUCUAUGUAUCGUGGCUGAGCUGACAGAUUUACAUAUCCUAGAGUAUUGAAAUAUUCGUUAAGGCUAAAGUUUGCUCUCUUGGCGCUCUUCUUGUUUUUAUCAAUUGUCUUUUAAUGGUUAUUGUUUCAUUUGGUUAUUUUCAGGGUAAAUCUGGUGAGACAGGACCCACUGGAGAUAGAGGCCAUCCAGGUUCACCAGGGCCACCGGGUGAACAUGGAUUACCUGGAUCUGCUGGAAAGGAGGGUUCGAAGGUAAGUGGUUUUCACCGUAAUGUCAGAAUGAUAAUGUCUCACCAGCAUCACCUUAUUACUGUUAUAUUAGAUAACAUCCAAGGACCCUCUCAGCACUGCCUGAAUAUCUUAUCUCCUGAGUAACAUCAUAUAGUCUAAUUUGUUCAUAAAUAAGUGAGGAAACCUCCAUUCUUGAAAGUAUCAUGCUUCCCUCUUAGCAUGACCUGCUGGUUGGUGUGAUUUAUGACUGCACAGGGGCCUGCUGUCUGCCGGCUACUUGCCUUACAUCUAAUCAAAUAUGUGCGUAUGCAUUGUUUCCAGGGAGACCCGGGUCCACCAGGAGCUCCAGGGAAAAGUGGCCCUGUUGGACUCCAAGGUUUCAGAGGAAGCAGAGGGACCCCUGGUGCAACGGUAAUACGGGAUUUCAUUCAUCAUUUUGUUCUUUAUCUUAUAAUAAUUGGUUUUAGAUUCCAGUGGAAUUUGUAGUUUACUAGAAAACACAGUUGUAUAUAAAAUCACUGCAGUGAAAAAAUGUGGUAAUGGAAAGUGUUUUAAAUUAGUUGUAAAUGUCUGAUUCACCAGAAAAUGUCCAUAACAGAUUUUGCUGGAUAAUAAAAAAAAAUGUGUCUCUCCAGGGUCCAGGAGGUCUGAAAGGAGGAGAGGGUUUACCUGGUAUUGCAGGACUUAUUGUAAGUCAGAUUUUAAAUUGCUUCUUUCCAAUUCCCCUGAUCUAUGUUCAGCCUCUAUGGUAUAUAGUAUACCAGGACAUAUGAAGCAGGAGGCUGUUUCCAUGGUGAUCACUGAUCGUGACCACCACAUUAAAUCAAAGAGUGAGUCAUGUGACAAACUCACCUCACCUCUCUAUCUUCCCUUAUUUCUAGGGUGCACCAGGAGAGAGGGGCCCUGCUGGGCCGGCAGGUGCUAUAGGACAGCCAGGACGGCCCGGGGGGGUGGGUCCUGCUGGGCCAAUGGGAGAGAAAGGCGAACCAGUAAGAUCUGCAUUAUUGUUAAAUUUGUCUCUUUAGCAACACUGUGCACUGACACAUACUGUACCAUCACCUCCCACCAUUGGGUGAUAAACAACAUGUGCUCUGGCUCUGGAACAUGUCAUUAUGAGACCGAGAGCAGGAGAGGAGUGGAGGAGACAGAAGGAGCAAGGGAGGGAGAAAAUAUGAAUGUGAUCAAGUGGACUUAUUGGGUCUGAGUUUCCUUCCUGGUGUGAUACAUUAAUCAAUGUGUCCCGCUGCUGUACGAGGAUAAUAAGUAUUGUAGCAUUUGCUAGGUGUGAGCUGUUUUCCCAUCUGUUCUCCAGGGAGAGAAAGGGCCUGUGGGGCCAGCUGGGCAUGAUGGGGAGAUGGGACCUGUGGGGCUGCCAGGGGCUGCAGGACCUCCUGGGCCGCCAGGAGAGGACGGAGACAAGGUAGUUACACACUUAAGUGAGCAUGGAGUGCAGCAGUGCUGUUAAGAGCUUACUGAUGUAAUCCUUCUAGAUCUGUAUACCAGUAUGUUCACAUGUGUGUAUUUUCCUAACAGGGAGAACUAGGAGGACCAGGCCAGAAGGGCAGCAAAGGAGACAAAGGAGAAGCUGUGAGUAUGAAUUUAAUGAUCAAUCGUUCUCUGAUUUAGCAUCAGAUAAUAUCAGCGUGAAAUAGGGAAAAAAAUACUGCUUAUGAUUACUUGUUGCACUGUAAGCAUCUUUUAGGGUAAUGAGAUGUGGCUGUAGCUAAGUAGUGGAGAGGGUUGUCUCUCAAAAGGAGGGUUGGUGGAGCGAUCCUGACUUUUGCAGUCAGUCUCCUUCAGUCUGACACUGAACCCAAAAUUGCCCCCGUGUGACAUAGUUGACAGUGUGUGAAUGAGUUAAUGAGACAGGUAGAGUGAAAGUGCUGUAUGUGGUCAAAAAGACCAUAAAGGUACAACUUUACUGGCUUGAACGCCAAAUACUACUGAUCUGUAAGAGUUCAAAAGCUCCAUCCUACGUGAGAUGGAUGAGGGAUGUUAUGUUUCAUUUUAAUUGGACAGGAUUAAGUUUAGUCUGAGAGGUAAUAAGGAGAAAAUUAAUCAGGUUUGGAUGCCUUUUAUAACUUACUUUGAAACUCACUACCAUCAAAGACUGGGUUUCCUCCUGACUCAACCUGGCUACAGCCCUAGCUGCUUUUAACAUUAAUUAAAUCUAUGUGUACUUAAAGCUGCACAUUUGGUGAACAGUGUUGAUCUGGAAUAUAGUGCUUUAUUUAUUCAUUUUUUGUUUGUUAUUUAGUUUAUUAUUAUUAUUAUUUUAUUAUUAUUAUUUCAAUCAAAUUUGUAUUUCUCUUUCUGGACCCUGUUUUUUUUUUUUUUUUUUCUUUUGCAGUACCCUUUCUUUUCGUUGUAUGUUAAGGAAAACUUACAGUGUAAUUUAUCUUUAUUAUUAUCCUUAUUAUUAUUAAUAUUUAUUUAUUUUCAUUCUCACUUUAUACUUCUUUUAGAGGAUCUGGGAACAUGGGGUGGUGAGGGAGGGACUGGGGGGAUUUAUUAUGAAUAUUUAUUCAACAUGAGAUUUGUUUGUGUUCAAACUGAAAAUGCCAAUAAACAGAUAAUUUUAAAAAAAGACCAGAAAGGCCCAAUUUUUUAUUUACAGUCUUCUAUAGUAUUAAGCUCCUUCUCUGCUUUUCCAGGGACCCCCAGGACCUCUUGGAAUUCAAGGCCCUGUAGGCCCUCCUGGACCAUCAGUAUGUUACAAAUAUAACAAUGAAUCAGUUUCAAACACUCUACGUCAAAACAAGUUUUUGGUUGUUCAUCUCGACAGUCGUAACCUGUCUUUGAAUAUUCCAGGGAGCAGAUGGUGAACCAGGUCCUCGUGGGCAGCAGGGAAUGAACGGACAAAAAGGAGAUGAAGGACUGAGAGGCUUUAAAGGGGCAGUAGGUCCUUCAGGAUUACAGGUACAAAUUUAUAUUGUGAUUAAAAGUACCUGCAUCUUUAAUUAUUUCACAUUUAUGUUAAUCACCAUGUCUACAUUUGUAGGGAAUGCCAGGUCCAUCGGGGGAGAAAGGAGAGAGUGGGCAUGUUGGCUCAAUGGUGAGUACUGCUCAGACAUAUCAGCACGUUCAACACUCAUCUCAAGUCCACUGCUUCGGUCCAGUGUCAGUCUCAGUUCUCUUCUCCACACCAUUUCCUUUAAUAUCUUACAUUUGACUGCAAGAUUACUAUAACUUGCACUUCCCUCGGCCUUGCAUGAUAUUUAAUAUCAAGUUGAAUUUUCCUCACUUUCUCCAAAUCUUUGAAUAUGUUUUCCACUUCAUUGACUUUGAUUUAUUUUCUGUUUCCUUCAGUGAGAGGUUUUAACUGAUCAUACAGAGCAGAGUUUAAAUAUCUUGCUGCAGGGACUGUUGUGUUAUCUUAGGUGUUUUUUUUUCUUGUGGAUGUAAUAGCAAUAUUUUCACAAAGUCUAAGUCGGAGUAACAGAUAACAUUGUGAUAUACUGGAUAUAUAAUACACAGAAAAAUACAAUCCCUUUUGUUCUUUACUUUUUAAAGAAAUAGAAAAAAAGAUCGGGAGUGUCAAGGUUGGGACAAAUUAUGUGGCAUCUUAAAGGGAUAUUUCGUGUAAAAUUAAGUUAGGGUCAACACACCGUAACACCAAGUUAGACACCCCCUUGAGAGAUGAAUGUUGCCGAGCGCUUGCUUCUCUAGUUAUACCAACUUUAGUAACAGCCACACGAUUGCAAUACACAGUGGUUUAAGAAGCCAAUGCACACCUCUCAACCAAAAAGCCACUCUAUAGCCACAAAUAAUGCUCAGAACAGCACCUAACUUCACCAACAGUACAUAUAGGGUCCCUGCCAUAGUACUAGCCCCCAAACAUCUUUUUAGCUUUGCCUAAUUUCAGCUUUUAGCUUUGCCUAACUAAACACAACUCACCCACUCUCUUCCAGCAGCCGCUUGUUUGUUAGGAGACCUCAGACAAGUCCAUUGCCAACUGCAGCGGGGUGACGCAGCUCAAGGAAGAACAUUUAUGAUCAAUCACCAUAUUAAUAAUUUUUAACUGCAGACGCAGUAGUUCUUCUGCCUUAGCAUCUCAGUCUGAUUGCAUUUCCAUAAAGAAAUGAUCAUCGAUGUUCUACCUUGAGCUGCGUCACCCCUUCUGCAGCUGGUGAUAGACUCAUUCGAGGUCUUCUUACAAACGAGCAGCUGCUGAAAGAGCGUGGGUAAGUUGUGUUUAGUUUCUUUGCUAAAGAAAUAAGGCAAAAUAAAAAAGAUGUUUGGUAGCUAGUACUGAGGCUGUGACCCUAUAUGUACUGUUGAUGAAGUUAGGUGCUGUUCUGAUCAUUAUUUAUGGCUACAGAGUGGCGUUUGGGUUGAGGUUUGUUUAUGGCUCCUCAGACCGCUGUGUAUUGCUAUCCUGCGGUUGUUACUAAAGUUGGUAUAACUAGAUAUGCAAGCGGUCGGCAACAUUCAUCUCUCAAGGGGGUGUCUAACUUGGUGUUACGGCGUGUUUGACCCUAAAUUAAUUUUACGCCAGAAUAUCCCUUUAACACAAUGAGUACAGCUGUCCUGUACAUUAGAGCAUGUUAAACUUGGAAAAUUAAAGCAGUCCAAACAAUAAAACAUGUUCAUCCGCAACGAUACAACAAGCUUUAUCGAACGAAUGAGCCAAAACAACUAAACUAAACAAAAACUAGUACAGUGCAGGGACCAGUCAAAAUUAGAGCUGCUGAAAACAGCCAGAUUAUGUAAUAAAAAACAAUAAAUGAUCCUCUGAAACAGGUUAGUUUCAUUACUGAAAAUAUCCAGCAUAACUAUUAUCACAUUACACCUGUUUCAUAAAGUCUUACAACACAUCAGACUCAAGUGUUUUCAAAGCAUCGAAAGCUAUGGUAAAGCCAAAGCAGGAAAACUAUUGAAGCAGCGUGUGCACAGGGGUAGAUAUAACCCUCUAUGAGAAGUUAAUAAUGCUGCACAGAAGUGAGGAUACAAUGAUGAGACUCAGCAGAGAAAUCUACGCCAGGAUACCAAUGCUGAUUUUAACCCAUGCUGGAACUGUUUGAACGAGACAGCUUCACUGAUGUUAAAAGCAGACUUCAGUUUGCAGUAACCGACUGUUCACACACUCUGAGGCUCAUCCAUGUGAGCUUCCAGUCCCUCUCUCUCUCUUAUUCUUGCUAGCCAGGGCUUUAAGUACAUCACGUGUCCCAUCAUUAAGUGCUACUGUACAGCUGCAGCUGUGGCUGACUGAGGCUGUGGUGGACUCUCUCCUCUGCACUGUAUGAUAGAAGUAUUAUCCCCUCAGUAUCUUCAGUAAAAAAAAGACUAAAAUAUCUUAAAAUACAAUACUAGAAUAGCUCCAUCAUUUUACAGUUGCAUCAGUUUGCUUGAAGAGCCACUGAAUAUGCAAAAUGAGGGUGGAAGAAAAACAAAAAACAAACAUUAGCUCAUGUCCAAAUCCUGCAUUUAAUUAUGAGAAAAAUAAAAAAAGUUUAAAAAGCAGAAAGAUUUUUGGCCAAGCUGUUUUACUACAACAAUACACUGUUUUCUUGAUACCUGAUCUCAGAGGGUGCUGCAGCAUCCACCACUUUGCACGGCCAUAUUCAAUGCCUUGCACAAUAAGACUUCAACUUUUGUUUUGGCACCAAAAUAAAAUUAAAAAAUUCUCAAACCCAGUCAAGGUUUUUAACUUCAACAGCAGCUGUGUCAGGUAGCUUCGCUUUGUGUUGCAGCUUUCCUCACGCUCACGCUGCUACAGUCGGUGAAGGUUUUGGCAUAGUGCCCUGCUGACAAUUUUGAAGCUCUUUCAACUUCAAAUAUUUCAUAAUCGUAUUAGUUAUCAGCUGACUGCAACUUCAGGGGGAGGGAUGAGGGUCGAAACCUUCAUAUUCUCCUGGCAAAAAUCACCUUUUAAAAGCUCAAACUACAGGCAGGGAUCUCGGGCGGGUGACUAAUUUACUCUGGGUCUCAAUGAGUCUCAACAUCAUUAAAGCCAGUCUGGUGUGAGAGUGCUGCACAAAAAAAUAAGAUCAACCAAUUAGGAUAAAUACAAUUAGCUAGUGCAUCCUGAGGCUGUUUCCUUUGUAAAAAACCUCUCAUAGCAGCAGACAUUCUGCCUCACCUGUCAAAGGAAUGAGAUCUUUUUGUUUUGCCAACAUCGGGGCAGGUUUUUUCACGGUGGGCCACUUAACUUGUCAAAUCAGUAGCAGCAAAGGUGCAUUUUAAAAUGUUUAUAAUACUCUGUUCCCAGUUAGUAUCCUUGUGAGCUAUGCCAGUGAGUCAGCAUGAAAAUGUCAGGGCCCUGUAAAAGGCACGUAUAAUUUUAUGUCAUUAUUAAAGAACAGGCGUGUCACAGUUAUGGCAUAAUGACAUUUUUAAAAGCUGAACAAUGCUUACACUUUGUGGGGUCUGAACUGUAAGUCAAAGCAAAUUUCUUUUCAUCGCUGAGUGACUCUCCUUAGCAGUUAAUGUCAUGCAAACUUGUCAACCUCACUACAGCAUGGAAGAUACACUGCUCUUUCUAGCUAUGAGCAAAUACAGUGUAUUCAGACUGCAGUCAGCUGCUCUUCUUACUCUGUCCCCAAUAUCUCUACUGUCUGUCUGUCUGUCUGCUUUCGCUACAUCUUCCUAUUAUUUUAUUCAUUUACAUCAAUAUAAUGGGUGUGAAAAAACAAAAAGCCAUUGAACAAUCUCAACACAUCUUUUAAGGGUGUGAUGGAUCUCCUGAGCAAAGCGUGGAUGACAAAACAGACCCCGAGUUCAUUAGUAAGACAGACGAUCCCAGAGUAAGAAAGAGUGGUCCUGUAUGUAAAAGGAAGAGAAAGAUGGAGAAAGAAAAAGGGAGAGGGUGACGGAGAGGAGGCAGUGGAGCAGUGGAGUGGAAGGAAGAGGCGGGGCACUGAUUGUGAGCAGGAAGACGGUGUGACAGCUGCUAAUCAGAUUAGCCUCAGCCUUGGCUGUCUAAUGAGCAUCCUCCUUUGUGACAGUCAUCUCACAACGCUGUCAACCAUGAACACACGCUCAACAAGAUUCUCUAUAGCCCCUUUACUCUGCAGCCGGAUUAGGGAGGGGAUGCAUCAGAAUGAAACCAAAACAAAAGAGAGAGGGGAAGAGCGAGAGAGGGGAAGAGGCAGCAAAAAAAAAAAAAGAGGAGAGAAGAGGAGAGAUGCUGGGGACUCAGUGGGGAAGUUUCAUUCAUGUGUGAGCGUUGCGGAUCACAGAAUUCUCCCCUCUAAUGCUCAAGUAUCUCUUCGCCAGAAGGAUAUGUGUUUCCUCCAGUCCCACACAGUCUCUCUUUGGGCCGAUUGUCUGUGUUUCUGUCUCUGCAUCUUUACAACACAAGAUUCCCUCCAAGACUUCAGAGUGAUUCAGAGCACAGCUCAACAUCUACUCAACUGAAACUGAAGUCGAGCACUGCUAGGAUUAAUUGCUUGGUGCUCUUUUGAGCUGCACAGAAAAGUCAAAUCACAUGUCCUCACUGCGGCUGAGAGAAUAUGUUCUCCCACAUCACAGGCCAGAGGUUUGUUAUUAAUAAGAGUGAAUAUGUGAGUGGGGGGUGGUGUGGGGGGAUCAGAGCCUGUGUCAUUUUGAGGGUAAUGACCUGUCUGGGUGUCUUCAUCAUGUCACGAAGAUAAUGAUCAGAGAUACUUGGGCCAUUUCAUAAGCCAUCCAGCAUGAGCUGAGACUAACUUUCAUUUAAUAUAGGAGGCUCCAGCCAACUCCCAGUUCAUAUUCAGUUUGUUUUUCUGUGGUUUAUUGAUGCUGUAUUUCCUUUCUGUCUGUUCUAGGAUCCUAAUGAAAACAAUUCAUUUCUCUUCACAGGGGCCUCCAGGACAGCAUGGUCCAAGAGGACCUCACGGGCCCAUCGGUGGAGAGGUAGUGUGUUUCUUUUUUAAAUCAGAGAUUGUAGUUGAGCAUAACUGCAGCAUGAUCGAGCAGCAAAACUCUUUUGAGAAGCCUUUACAUGUAGGUGAUGUAAGUUCAAGGUGACUUUAACAACAAGGCACACCACAGUACAGCCUUUAUUGCCUUUAAUCAAACAAUCUCUUUAUUUACAUUCUUGUAGCAAAGUUGUGAAUACUUCUUAUAUCUCUCUAAAACUUGUCCAUGGAAAAGUUUCUCUAAUUUUUUUGGUAAAAAGUAAUAUUUGUAAUAAGGGCUGGGCGAUAAAAUGAUAACUAUAUAUAUCAAAAAUUUAUUUCCCUCAAUAUCGAUACAAAACAUGGUCAAUAUCCUUUUCGAUAGUCGGCAUUCUGCCAUGUUUUGGUAGACAAUAUGAAUAGCCAAUGAAAAGUGGAAAUACUCUGGGUUCCCUUUGCGCUGAACUAAUCAUGUGCCGAAUUAGAACCAGGUAGCAAACAACUGCGUAGUAGCACGUAGCAGCUACACGUAACCAUAGGACUUUAACAUGUGAAGCUGACAGCACAGUCGGUGAGAAAGAAAGAAAAUGAGUGCUAACUCUGGCAGAAAUGCAGAUGAAGGCUCAACACAACAUCGUCGACAAGAUUGGCACGAAAACGUUGGUGGUGUGGGGGUAUUUUGGUUUUUUUAGAGGUUGGACAUGAAGCAGAGUAAUGUGGACCGCAUAUUAUGUAUCAGAGACCCAAAGACCUCACAGGUGCACCUUAUUGUAUUACAAAAGACAUGUUACCAAUAAGCACUGUUAGAUGUCUUUUUUUAGAUCCUGAUAUAUAUCGAUAUCGACUGAUAUGAAAAAAAUAUAUCAUGAUAAACUUUUUCCCAUAUCGGCCCAGCUCUAAGUGUAGGUGAUGUAAGUUCAAGGUGACUUUAACAACAAGGCACAACACAGCACAGCCUUUAUUGCCUGUAAUUAAACAAUCUCUUCAUUAACAUUCUUGUAGCAAAGUUGUGAUUAUUUCUUCUCUAAAAGUUGUCCGUGAAAAAGUUUCACUAAUUCUAAUCAAGAAAACCACCAUCAUCAGUGCUGUAUUUUAUUAGAUCUGUUAUUUAUACUAAAUGACUGUUUUCCAUUUUUAGUCAUGUCUUUUUGCCAGAAAUUCCUCUAAUAUGCUUGCAUCUUAGGCUUAUUCAAGGUUUUGUUCCUGAUAUGUUUUUUUUUGGUAUCCCUGAAGCCAAAUCUUUUUGUUGAUUUAAAUUAUGUAUUCCAAAGUUUUAAAAAACUAACUUUUACAUUUGCACACUGGAAAUUCACGCACGUCCUGUGAGAAAACCGGAGUGCUGAUAUUGUCAAGUAAUUAUGGCUGCGUGCCUUUGUGAGUCAUAAAGAAAACAUGUUGGUGUAUCUGCUUUGGAAUCACAAGGCUUUAUGCACAUUCAAUACACAGUGUUAUCUAGCUUCAAAGUGAACAAUAGCUCAUCCACACACACUAAAAAAACUUGAUAUUUCUCAGCCGUUCAUAUCUUCAUACACAGUCGCUUCAUAUGAACACUUCUUGCCACAGACCCCUCCUCUGGCUUUGAAAGUUGAAUUAUUAAAAAGCAUAAGAAGAUAAUCCCUGUGAGAGAGUUAUAUUUACUGCUCUAUGAAUCAUUAAGAAGUAAAAGACUAUCAUCACAGGCAGUUAUAUUUACCUCUAGUAAUGGCCGUCUCUCUACAGCAUCUCACUGUGGUCAAUUAUUCAGCAGCAAGCUGCAGAAUCUGUACGAGCCACGCUACUGCUCCAUCACAGGACGCAUGGAAACACAGCUGAGCAGAGAUAGUUGGAUUCAUAAAUGGAUUGAUACAGGAAUAGCGGAAAAGGGCAAAAGGGGGACGGCUGGCUGAUGUGAGGGGAGCAGUUGACAGCAGGAGCUCAGUGUUAGUGUGUGGCUGUACUCAGCCCUCAUGUUUGUGCACUCUAGCGAAAAACAUGCUUUUACUGGGUUCGUACUGAGACACGGAGCCUGAAACACGAACACACAUGCGUGCACAUGGACAGGCAUGCACAUAUACACAUGCACAAGCAAACAAAACAAAAUGACUGAGCAAGGGGAAAUAGCACCCGCCCUACUGAGUGACUCAGACACUAUCCACUGAGCAAACCUGACACAGUAUUUUUCCCUGGUGUUGUGAUUAUUCUGUUCCAGUUACAGCAGUCUGUACGCAGAAGUGCUGACAAACAACAAGAGAACAUCUACACCUUGAACCGGAUUCUAAAAGGAUCGGAUGAAUAUUUCAAACUUGCCCUUGUUUGAUGGUAUUUUGGUUGAUGCUUCUCUCUGUCCCUGCUGCAGGGUGCACCUGGGCUGGUAGGAGGAGUUGGUCAGCCUGGCAUUGUUGGAGAGAAGGUCAGCUUUUUAAAAAAUAGUUUCUACAUGGUGUGGGAGCAUGCACAUGAAGUGAUAUGGUCGUGUUUUUGUGUGUGGUGUUUUCAUGUAACUGAAUGUCCCUGAUCUAUCCAAUCAGGGUGAGGAUGGCGAGGCUGGAAACCCAGGGUCACCUGGAGAGACCGGCAUUUCUGUGAGUCACGUAGUGACGAAAAAUCUUAUUACUUUCUUUUGCACCUUCUCUCGUCAGGCUUUCAUUGGUUGUUAUAUUAUAUGCUCAUGUCCUAGGGUCCUAAAGGUGAUGUGGGGGAGAAAGGUGACACUGGCCUUCCUGGUGCAGCAGGGCCUCCAGGACCCAGAGGAACACCAGGGGAGGACGGAUCCAAGGGCCACCCUGUGAGUCUCUGUCUCUCUGAAUUAGCGGUUUAACUAGCUCUGUUAUUCAGUCCGCUUAUAUCAUUUCACAUAUAUGAUGGUCGCUAACACACUGUUUGUGCAUAUAGGGACCUAUCGGGUUCCCUGGGGAUGUGGGACCAUCUGGAGAGGCUGGUGUUAAUGUAAGAGUGCUCAAUCUAGUUGUUUUGAGCAUUUAUUGGUGGUAAUUGGUUAACAUUUUUAAUUCAUUAUGUUUUCACGCAGGGUGUGGAUGGAGUAGGAGGGCCUAAAGGAGACAAUGGAGAACCUGGCAAAGCAGUAAGCAGGAUUUUUUUUUCCCUCUCGAGGAGUUCUUGGAUAGUUUUACUUCUUGAUCCUCGUGGCUGUUGAAAUGACUGUAUUAAACUAUGAUUCUGUUGAACCCAAGGCCUUUUUGUUGUCCUGUACAGGGACCUCCAGGAGCUUCUGGAGAGCCAGGCCCAUCAGGUCCGCCUGGACGGAGGGUAAGCUUGACAUUUUGUGUUGACUUGUGUGCAGUAUGUGUGUGUGUGCGUGUAGUCAAGUUGUCAUUUCCUCCAUGUCAUUGCCUCUCUGUCAAUCACAGGGUCAUAUUGGAGCUGCAGGGAAAGAAGGGAAGCAGGGCAUGAAGGGAGCCAAGGUAAGGACUACUCAAACUCAAUGAUGUGUUAAGUGCUUUCUUGUUCUGUUUUUGCAUUUGCAUUACAUUUGACUGCCCGCAUCUGCCUUUUUGCUCUGUAGGGGGGCCAGGGAACUCAAGGUCCAGUUGGGAAGACAGGCCCAGUGGGACCUCAGGGGCACCCAGGACGGUCUGGUCCAGAGGGCUUCCGUGGCAUCCCAGGGCCAGCUGUACGUCAAAUCUGUCGUUUUGUGUUGUUCUCAUAUACUGAUACUGUCUCUAUUGAGUCUAAAGGAAAUCCAUAUAAAGGAAAUCACAGUAAUUAAUCAUGUUGAAACAAUGUUUUAGUCUACUCUAACAUCCUAAUUAUGUUUUACUUUCAGGGGGAGCAAGGGUUAAAUGGGCCACCAGGACAAACUGGACCACCAGGACCACUUGUAAGAUCCUAAUAUGAGACUAACAGAGCCUACCAAAUGAAAGAGGGGGUUUAUAUUGUACUAAUACAUCUGACACUGUUAACAGGGACCACCAGGACUUGCAGGAUUAAAAGGAGACCCUGGCAUAAAGGGAGAGAAAGUGAGUAUUAAGCCUGUGACAGAGGGAACUCGCCGUCCCAGUUUAAACCCACUGAAUCAAAUGUCAUGGAGCAUGUCUCUGUCUGCAGGGUCACGGUGGGCUGCUCGGUCUAAUUGGGCCCCCUGGAGAACCUGGUGAAAAAGGAGACAGAGGCCUGCCAGGGAACGAGGGCACACCAGGAACGAAAGGAGAUGAGGUACACAUCUCAUUAAAACCAUGAAUCUGACUCUUUCCUGUUCGUUCGAUCUUGACUUUUAACAUGUUGGUCCUUAAAUCAAGGGUGCGCAUGGAUCACAAGGCCCCACUGGCCCACUUGGACCGCCUGGACUGUCAGUAAGUGCAACAGAUGCAAUUUAAACCAUGUUUUCUUUCAAUGUCUUAUGAUUACACCUGAAAUUAAUUUAUAGGUUAUGUAAGACUUGUCUAUACAUGUAUGAGAAGCAAUAGGGCUGGGCGAUAAAACAAUAACGCUAUAUAUCAAAAAUUAAUUUCCCUCGAUAUCAAUAUGAAACAUGGUCAAUAUCCUUUUCGAUAGUUGGCAUUCUGCUAUGUUUUGGUGGAUUAUACAAAUAGCCAAUGAAAAGGGGAUGCAGUCGUUUAUUCUAUUGCAAAAGACAUGCUACCAAUUAGCACUGUUAAAUUUGAUUUAAGAGUAACAGGGAACAUUUAUGAUUGACAAAAGUGACAUAUAUCGAUAUUGACUGAUAUAAAAAAAAAUGUAUUGUGAUAAACUUUUUCACAUAUCACCCAGCUCUAGGGAGUAUAUUUAUGAAUUUAUCGUCAAAAGUUGACAAGCAUUUGUUCUGUAACAAGUUAGCUUUGCUCACUGUUUCCUCCUCUUGACUUCUAGGGUGCAGCUGGUGAAAAAGGAUCGAAGGGAGAAAUGGUGAGUCCAGUCAUCCAUCUUAUUUACACGCUGCCAUUCCUGUACUCACACCUCAGCUUGUUUAGCAGCUGUUAGGAACAUAUGUUGGAGGAGAGGGGAAAAGUAUGUUUGUUGGCUUAAAUGUAGCAUGCUCCAUAAUCAUUAUGCCGUUUGGUGUUUACUGCAUGUCUUUGGAACUAAAAGCCUGCUGUACAGCCACGCUCGCCUUGUGUGAGAUUUUUCCACUGGGCCUUUUUUAAUAGGAUUUGAUUUUGGGUUGUGUGAUGUUAUGAAAACCACUACAGUGUGUCUUGAGAGCCAAGGCUUUGACCACAGAGUGCUGAUGCACAUAGCUGGAUAAUCCUAUAAAGCAGCAGCCACAUCUGCUGGGUAAAGCUGGGAUUUAGCCAAGUGGUGCGAGAGGAGCUUCAGGUGAGACCUUUUUUGACACAAAGUUUUGUCUUUCUCUACUCCCCAGGGCGCUUCAGGUCCCAGAGGAGAUCCAGGCCCUGCUGGUCCUCCAGGACCCCCAGUGAGUAUGGCCAGUGAUUUGAAUAAUGGCCAACUUAGCACCACCUUUAUUCUCUCUUCAUCCCUUCCACCUCUCAAUCACCGCUUGUGUUACCCUCCAGGGACUCCCCGCAGAAUUUAUUCAACCCCUGCCCAUGAGGGAGGGUAAACGGAAGAAACGCAGACACUCCGAUAAGGAAAGAGGAGUGGCUCCACCCAGGGAGGAGGAUGCGGAACUGGACAUGGAGGAGCUUCUCCAGGGAGAUCAGCCUCUGGAGGACGCUGAAGGAAUGGAGGAGGUCUUUGCCAUCCUAUCUUCUAUGAAAACAGAAGUGGAGGUGAUGAGGAGACCCUUGGGAACUUUUGAGAGUCCUGCCCGGACCUGCAAAGAGCUUAUGAUGGUCCAGCCCAACUAUAAAGAUGGUUUGCGAAUUCAUAUUUUUUUACCCAUGCAUAUUUUAACAUCUCUUAAGUGAUGUAUUACAAAUUAGCAUCAACUGCUUACAUGCAACUUUUAUAGGCUGUUAUGUUUUUUAAAAUCAUUGUGCCAGCUGCAUGUGAUCAUCUUGUUACACUAGAUGUCUUCAUUAAAUCCACAUCUGCUUCUUGAUUGGUGUCCUCUGUCUGUGCACUCUGAAGGAGACUACUGGAUUGAUCCUAACCAGGGCUGUCACCGAGACGCCAUCAAGGUCUACUGUAACUUCACAGCUGAUGGAGAAACAUGUCUCUACCCUGACAAGAGGAUUGAGAUGGUAAGUCUCCAAUCUCCCACUGUCAGCCUUUACAAAGCCGACCUCGUCAUCUCAUAUCAGAGCACAGAUCACUCCCUCUAUCCCUCGAGCCUCAAAUUUGACUCAGCAUCCUCCCUCUCUUCUCUGUUGUGUGUCUAGGUGAAAUUAGCAGCCUGGAACAAAGAGAAGCCAGGAAGUUGGUACAGCCAGUACAGGAAAGGAAAGCAGGUAUGAAGUGUAAAAAAAUAACCUACAUCCCACCAUUACUCUCAGCUGGCUGCAAAUGCCAGCCAGUUUUCAGCCGCAUUACUCAUUUUAAUUGUGAAUGUUUGAAUGAUACUCAUGCGUGUGAUUAAGUAUCUGGCAUUUCCCAGAGUGUGCUCACAUGAUUGUGGCGGAGGCUCACGUAUGUUCAUCAAUAUGCACAACUGCACGUCCAUGUAUUUUGCUUUUUUGUCGAUAUGUGUCUCUCAUAAUUCGGUAUUAACGUAUUCAACCAUGUGCAAAAAAAAAAAGAGAGAGCUAAUUUGAUGUUGCCGGCAGCUGAUUUCAGCAGUCUGGAUGACUCACACAAAGCAGCUCGGUCUCAUUGACUCGCAUUCGGGGCAGAACACUCAGAGCGCUGGCCUUUCAUGUGCACCUGAUCUGAUGUCUCGUAACCCUCUCAGAUUACCACAGAGCUGCCAGCACAAUUGCAAUACUUUGAAUAUCUCUCUCCAAGUCCUUAAAUGUUUGAAGUUUUUUUUCCUCUAAUUUCCUCGCUCUUUUCUUUGACUUUGCUAUUUUAAUUCUUAAGAGAAGCUUUGGAACUUCUUGACCCUUGAUUACAUAAAUUCCUUCACAUGAACGCCUGGGAGAUUGGAAUGUUCCUGUUUGUCCUUCUGAGAUUAUCAGCUCAGGCAUGUUUUUCAGGGGCUUGAUUGGUCAGAGAAAACCAGUAUUUUGUAUUAUUUUUGAUUCAGUGACAUAGGGCUGCAGCUAGCGAAUAUUUCAGUAAUCAAGUAAUCUACCAAAUAUUCCAUUGAUUAAUCGGACUCAAACGGCAGACUCAGAUACAGUGAGAUUUCCUACGUCACAAAUCCAAGCUCCAACCCCGGAGCCCUGCCAGCCUCAGAGAAAUAGAGAGGACAUUCGCGGAACAAGCGUGUACGUUCGCAGAUUGCAAUGUCUGUAAGAAAGCGAAUUAUGAUAUUAACUUUAAUUAUGUCCCUAAAGAUAUUAGUGUCCGAGAGCUAAAUAGCUCCUGUGUUACAUGCUUCUGCUACUACACCGGCAAUGUUAGGCUGCAAGCUACCAUGAAGAGGAGUGUGCAGAGCAGCGCUGUCUCCGCCCACGACUCAGAGUUUUAUUGCUGAUGAGCUACUGGAGCUCUGCAGAAGUAAAGCCCCUCUCAUCAUUCUUUAUUUCUACUCUGCAAAACCAAAACCACGCUUACUCCUUCUUCUACCAUGGUGACGUAAACGCGGUGUGUCACCUUGAAAGUAAUCCUUGCGAAACAGUGAUGAUUUGAUUUUUUAAACGAGUACUCAAGGCAGAGAAACUUCGUCGAUCAUCUUUUGUAAUCGAGGUACUCUAAUGGUGCGUUUGAGUUACCUCAGGAGUCACAUGUCGGAGCUGAAACUGACGUCACACCCGAGUUCCCAGCGUUUCAGUUAUCAAGUCAGGAAAAAGCAAAAUUGGAAGCCUGAAACAAGAUAGCUCCAUCUAUGAAAGUUAUUUUAGCGCUUGCUUUAUAUUCGGACAAGGCAAGCGCUAAAAUAACUUUUGUAGAUGUAGCCAUCUUGUUUCCGCCUCCGAUUUUGCUUUUUUCCAACUUGUAACUGAAACGCUGGGAACUCGGGUGUGACGUCAUUUUCAGCUAUGACUUCUGACUUCAAAGGUAACUUGAACACAGCAUACGUACUCGAGGAAUCGUUUCAAUCCUACAGUGAUAUUCUGUGGUCUAGAAGAAAUGUUCUGUUAUAAUAAUACCUGUGUGUCUGUGUCAUCCAGUUCUCAUACAAUGACAGGGAUGGGAACCCUGUUCAUGUGGUUCAGCUGACCUUCCUGAAAUUAUUAAGUGCCACGGCCAAGCAGAGCUUCACUUACACCUGCCAGAACUCUGCAGGCUGGUUUGACAGCACCACCCGCUCUUACCAGCACGCCCUCCGUUUCCGGGGCAGCAACGACGAGGAGCUGACACAAGCCAAAAGCCCCUUCAUCAGCGCAGUGCAUGAUGGAUGUCAGGUCAGUGCAGGGAAAUAAGAAUGAGCCUUAAUGAUACUAAUGCAUUGAUCAGUAGUGGUGCUCCAGUAAUACAUGAGAAGCCACUUGAGUCACUUUUUUGAAUAGGCCAGAAAUUAGUCAUAACUAUUAGGUUGAAUUAUCCUAACAAAUUCUAACAAUGGUUUUAAUUUUUCUCUUUCAGUCUCGCAGAGGUCAGGAAAGGACGGUUCUGGAGAUCGACUCGCCCUCGGCGGAGCUGCUUCCUAUUAUUGAUGUGGCUUCUGCAGACUUUGGCAACAACAACCAGAAAUUUGGAUUCCAAGUUGGACGAGUUUGCUUCAAUGGUUAAUCACUGCGACAAACUACCAAAAAAAUGUGGACCUUGAGAACAAGAUUUAGUAGGAAAGACUGGACUUAAACUGCAGUAAUAUUUAUUUUAUUCUGUUCCUGUUUGCGCUCGGUUUGUGGUUUGUUAUUUAAGACUCUUCCACGGCCAAUGAAAUAGGUGCUAUGGCUUUACAGCAAAGAGAAGAACGUCAAGAACGAGGACAUGCAAUGGUGGGAACAAAGCACAUUUACCAAAGGGAAAACUUCCAGUUAGAUGUAUUUAAUUGUAUUUAAGUGUUUUUUGUUUUUUAUCUCACUGUUUGUGAGUGCUGUAUUCUCUAGAAUCAUGAGGACUGCACCACUUGAUAAAACAAGUCAGAUCUGACCCCAUGAAAAGCGACCUAUCAGGCCACGGAUGAGCUGAAUGCUACCUAAUAUCCAAGCAAACUGCAACUGAGUGAAUCCCAGAUGUUGUCUUACUCAUUUGCAUGCUUAGAUUUCACCACAACUAGCCUAGCAUAAUAAUUCCACACAAGCAGAGUAAUUAAUUUUCUGUGUGCAGGAAUGAUAAUCGUCCUUUUUACCCUUCAACUGCAGUUUGCUCAUUGAAUUGUUGAUUAGUAUUCAAUAGGCGUAGCUAGUUAUUGAACCCAACACUUACUUGAACGGAUAAGGUUGUUUCCUUUAUCGGACAGCCUCUUUCCUUGGGCUUGAUAAUAUGCUUUUUGAGCCCUCAACGUUUCCCAGGUCUGCAGUCCUGUCAGACUAACAUCCUACCGACUGUGGUAUUUACUUGCUGUGACAGACCUCAGCAACUAGGUUGAGGCUAUUUCAGGGCAAGAACUAAUAGCAUGCUGAUUAAAAUGUUCUCUAGUCGAGUCUUGCAGUUCUUUAUACUAAGAGACAUGUCACGCAGCUCUUGAAAGCAUUUUGUAACUGCUGACAUAACCUGUGUACGCUCUCCUGGCCUACUCACAGGGUUUUGUUUCUCAGUUAUUUUUUCAUACGUUGGAAUUUCAACAGAAUUUUUAUGGCUGUGCAUUUGACAUGUUUGCUCUUCAGUGGUGCUAAAGACAACUGUUUUUUUUUUUUUUUUUAAUGUCACUAUGUUUGUGUGUCUAUGUGGGCAGGAUUAUAGGACAAGAGAGGGAGAGGGUUAUUGCUCUUUCAGCAGCACAAAACACCCUCGGAGGCUGGGGACUAGUCUACUGUGUUUUUUGCACAUCUUCUGGCUGAUUGUGCCAAUUUCACAGGGCCAGUGAAAGGAGGGCAGGGACAGUUCAGAGCAAUGUUGUUGAACGCUUCAGAGGGAAAAUCCAUUCUCUAACCGAAUUCACAUUUCGCUGUUCCACUGACUUUAAACAGUAAGUCUGCUCUCUACAAAUACAGACCACUGUGAACCUACAAAUAAGUGCAACCAGGCUGAAGUAACACCUGUCACCAGGAAACAUUCGGAGAACUUGAUCCAUUUAUGGAUUUUCUGAAUAAGCAUUUAAAAAUAUAGAGCUGUGAAACAGAAUUAGCACUCAUAUCCCUGUUAAACUACCCUGGGUGCCAUUAUGGCGCCGUGUUACUCUAUUAUUCACCGUCUGAGGAGCAGCUCCAGGAUUUGUUUUUAGAUGACAUUAUUACCACAGUCUGUCUCUGCCUAUCGGAUUAAACGGACACUCCGAAUAAACAAAAAGAGCUGUGAAAUAUCACCGAAACAACGACUUUAUGUGAUCCUAUUUGUUGUUGAUUUUCCUGUAAGCAAAUGACAUUUCCUGCUGCUCUGUUCUGCCUGUUUCUUCCAUCUCAAACAGUAGACUGUCUAUCCAGCACUUGUUAUUUUGCAACUAUCUCCUGCUGUUCUGUUUGUUUCACGAUAUUUAAACAAUCCUGUUAUUAAUCCAGAUCCUCCUGUCCCAUCCUGUGCUGCCCCCCCCUGUGUAUAGUAUUUGUUGUACUAAUUUUAUAUACUGUACAGUUAUUCUGAGGACUUUAUGAGCAGUAACCAUUCGCCUGAAUGAAAAACAAAUUCAUUUGUCAAAAUUUGACCAACAAAUUAAAACAAAUAAGAAAUCCGUCA